AUGUUCUACUUCAAGAUUUUGCGAGCUCUUGGACAGAAGCGGCCUAAGGCGAGUGCAAACACAAACACACACAAACUCAAAGUUCAGAUUGAACCAAAGCUCUUACAGCGGUAUAUGAAGCGUGCACGCUUUAACCACGUUUGGGUCCUUUAUUUGCAGCAUCUCUCAAUGUUUACCUUAUUGAACCAGCUAAUGUGCGGCUUAUUUAUCAGCGAGGAGCCCAAGUUCUCUGAUUAAAUACUCCACGGUGGGAAUAAUUUGAGAGAGUCCUUGCUGUUGUUUCUGCAGACUUUCCCUGCUGUGAUAAAUUGCAUGGAAGUUGGACGGAUUAAGAGAAAGAGAAAAGCUUGAGCAAAGACAUAAUGCCUCCCAGAAAUCCUCCUCGUCCUCUGCAGAGGGCUAAUUUCCCUCUCCAGUUUAAAUCCACUCUCCCCCUGUGUCUUUGUCCGUCUCUGUAUCUCUCUAUUAUUCUGUCCCCUACCGACGAUCUCUUUGUUUUCCCACUCGUCCUCCUCUAUCUUUCUCUGCUGCUCAUAAUGUCAAUGAUAAAUCGUGUUGACAUCUUGUUCAUGAUGUUUGUUCCUGUGACGAAACUGAUCUCUCGCUUGGUUUCCCUCAGAUGAACCGCCUUGAAAACGGCUCGGCUCAUUGAAAAGAGGAAUUGGUUUCUUAUAACUCUUGCAGAGAAGAGGUAAAAGCAUUUCAGCACAUUAAAAAUGGAACUGAUGCUUUUAAAAAUGAUGUUUUAAUCCCGAUUCUGCUCAACACAAGUAACUGCAGUUUCGAUUUUGUGUAUUGAACAGACUUUUUUCAGACGUUUACAAACUCAGAUUAAAAUGUCCAGCGGCUGUCCUGCCAACUAAUCUUGGAGAAUGAAACCUCCACCUCCUCCCCGCCUCUCCUUUUCUCCCCCUCUCUUUUGGCAGCCGCUCUGCAGUCAACUCUUAUUGUUCUCCUUGUCCUUUCCCACCUCUCUCCCCCCUCUCUCUAUUGUGCAUCUGUGCACCAAUUAUGAUGGUUCCUGUACAGUAUUGAUGGCAAGAAUCAACGCACAUGCUGACACAGGCUGUUCAAGGACAGCUGGCCUCACACGCUGAAUAAACACAGGUUACAUGUCAGUGUUUCCAUACAUUAGACCUUCAGUAAAUAGAGGAAACAAGUCUUUGAUGGCGCCCUGUGGGGAUUGAGGUGAAGUCAUAUUGACCUUCUCUAACUGCUGCUGGUCACCAGUAGAGGUCGACAAAGGUUACACAAAGUAUGGAAGCUGAAAGUCCUGAAUGGUUGCUGUUUUCUAUGGUGGCCCUGAAGUCCAAAAAACACAAGGACAAAUAAGAAACAUAAAACACAACAACUUUUAAAACAACUUUUCAAAUCCCGCUUGAAAACAUACUUAUUUAUGCUGGUUUUUAAUACCCCAAAAACAUGGUGACACUUUAUUGAAUUGUAUUUUAUUCUUUUUUUAUUGUUUUUAUUUAUUCAUUUUUAUUUUCUAUGUAUUGUAAAGCACUUUGGUUCACCGACAGGGUUGUUGUAAAGGGCUGUAUAAAUAAAGAACAUUUACAUUUAUUUACAAAAUUAUAAAAGAAGAACAAAUGAUCCACCGAAACAACAUUUAAGAAAAGCAACUAAACACAACGACAAGUGACUGAACCCAACAAAAAAAAAUCCCAAACACAACAACAGUCUUUCAAAUACAACAACAAAUUACAAAAUCACUGAAUGCAAAAACAAAAUUACCCAAAAUCAGAAAAACAAUAACAAAUCACAGAAAAUAAUAAUGAUCAACCAAAAACCACAACAAUUUUCAAAAUAAGACAAAUUACAAAACAUAACAAUGAGCAACUAAACACCACAAAAAUUUUCAAAAUACAAUGACGAGUCACAAAACACGAGAACAAAAUACAAACCAAAAUAAUAAAUCUCUCAUGAACCAAUCAUUCCCCCACAAUGACAACAAAAUACAUCAACAUCUUAGAAAACACAACAAACUGUCAUGUUUGUUAAGGUUCCUUUAUUUUGGCACAUCCAUGUUCUGUUUCAUGUCUUUCCUGUUUUAUUUUGGUAGUCCACUAACUCUUGUUUCCAUCUUGUAAAUUUGUCUGCUCUGCCCUGCCCCCGCCCUGUUACACCUGCUGCCUGUUUAUGUUUCCCCACCUGUUUCCCAUCACCCUCAUUACCUCUUGUAUUUAACCUCAUGUGUCUCACCGUCUUGUCACUACUUUGUAGCAUUUUAUAGUCACGUUCAGGCAUUAUUCAUAAUCUUAGUCAAGCCGUGUAUUACCUUAGCCUGCCUUAUUUCGGGACCUUGACUUUUUGCCUUGUGUUUUUGGAUCCCUCUGCCUGACCUGACUGCCAUUUAGUGGACUAACUGAUCUGAUUGUUAUUGUAUUUUCCAUCAGAACAAUGCCCAUUUAAAUAAACCUAGUAUUAUAUAUUUUACAUACACUGCCCCACAGCCCUGCUCUGUACCUCUGCUCUCCUCCUCCUUUUUUGUGUGUUCCUGUCUGUUUUCGUUUCCCGGCUGUCCUCUGAAGAUGCUGACCUUCCUGUUAAGACUGUCCAAGCAGCAAAUUCACUUUUUUCUUCUUCACUCAACCUGCCUAUCAUCACUUCCUCUCUUCGUCAUCCCCCUUUCAUGUAACUUAGUCCAGUUCACUGUUUUUGCCCGUUUUUUAAAAAAAACAUGCAAGAGGAGGAUGCUAUGAGGUAUUUUGUUGGUUUAUUAUACUAGUAUGAAUAUGAGACUCUGUACAUAUUAAAGCAACAUAUGCUGUCAUUGACCUGGAUCAUUAAGGAGGAUCUCAAAUGGGGUUAAUGCCAAUAUAUGAAUACACUGUGGGUUUCUACAUUUGCGUUGGGGAAAGUUUGUUUACUGCGGUAUAUAUCUCGCUUCAUAAGCUGCAGUUCUGGAGGUCUUCAGGGGGGACGGCUUCAGUCAUCCUUUAAAAAGUCAUUUCCACUUCAAAGAGGGUAAACAUGUUGAGUUUCCUUUUGCUAAAAGUUUGCGGGCGUCUUCUUCUUCUUCACAGUUAUUCGUUAAACUUUAGCACUACAGUUACAAGUUUUUCUAACUGAAUUUCUGUCCAUUUCUGCAUCUUUUUCCUUGUCUGUGUCCGUCAGUCAUUCAGCUCCAAUCUGUCUGAUAAAGAUCAUUAAUUUAUCCGUUAGUAUUCCACUCAUGUUUUCAUGAGCUGUAUUUUGUUGAACAUUUCCUUCCUCUGCUCAUGCUGUUCUUCACUCAGUCAAACUGCUCCUCAUCAGCCUCCUCCUGUCCUCGCACAGCCCCCGACUUUCUGCGUUUCAUUUGAUCAUCUUCUUAAUUUUCUGCUCCCUGCCUCCCCUCUUCCACUUCUCCUCUGUCCUCCUCCUCUUCUUUUCCUUUUUGUUUCUGAACCUCUGUCUCCUUGACUCCCCCAUCAUCAUCUUCUCCUCCCUCUUCUUCCCUUUCCUCUCCCUAACAACAUCAGCAGCUCGUUCUCUCGCUGUCAGACCUCUCCCAUGAUUUCAUAAUUCCUCCCUUGCUGCUUGUUUCCUCCUUCCUUCCCCUCUUCCCCUCCGUGUUAUUCUCCUGCUGGAAUUUCCCUGAAAUCACUGUUGUCACAGCAACAAGAUAAUGACUUCCAAAGCAUUCAAAACCAGCCGCACAGAAGUAAAUGUGGUGGUUUUCAUCCAGGUUUACAACCAGCUAGACAAGACAACAAUCUCCCAAUAAGUGCUGCACAUUCAGAAUCAGAUACAGAUGCUGUUUCUAUCUUUGGGUAUAAGAAGGAAAAAUACAUAAAGAUUAUUUCAGUUUUAAUUCAUAACUUCACAUUGUGUUCAUUUUUUGCGGUAAUGUUUCAGCUACAAAUCCAAAUCAUAUAUUCUGUCCAAGGUGCAAGUAGAAAGAUGACAGCAGGGAACUAAAUUAAAUGAAAUAAAAGGCAUUUGUCUGAAUUUGCUUUGCUGAAUGAGAAUAGCAUUUUUCAUGUGAACUCUUUUUUUCAUGUUUUUGCUUUAAAUCUGUCACUCCUUGAAACUGUCUGAAUUCAUGCAGGGUCUGAGGGUCUAGCAAGUCUAGCAAGAUAAAGCAUUAGCACCGCUACAUGCCAUUAGUUAAGCCAUUUGGGAAACAGGCUCCUUACCCUGAAUUUCCACCACAUCUGGAACAGCUCCGAUCUGGAAUUUUCCGUCCACCAAUUUCAGAUAUAAUACCAGAUCAGUUUGUGAGAAUCGCGAGAACUCACAAGAACCCGCGGAUUCACGUGCAAUCCGUAACAAUAAGUUGUCUCUCUAAAGACAGCCACAUAACCAUAGAAGCAGUAGAUUGUGUCCUUCCAGAGGAGGAAAUCCACUUCUAGACUUCUAGAAUCAGCAUCCCUUCAUCCAUGGUGUCAUCGGGGUGAAAUGCUGUCUAAAAACCUUUCAGUUGUUCGUCCCCGCCCGUUUGCAUGGUGUGAAAUACGAUCCGCCUGAACACAGAGUGUUUUAUUUUGAAAAGAAGCCAAUGUUUUAUUUUGUAUUUGUGCACGACUUCCUUUCCAGCACGGGUUAAUCGGUGCUGAAUUUAUCCGGCAUGCUCUAGUGUCUGGAAAAAAUAGAACUCUUGGGAUCAGCCGCGGAGUCCGGCGAUCUGCAGCAGAACGGAAAGAAGCUGGUGGAAACUGACGCAUUUACUUGAAUGGUUAUGAUCAGCUGGGAUCGGUGGAUACAACCUUUUCGUACCUGUUCCGGAUAUGGUGGAAAUUGGGGUUAGUGUCAGCGUUACCACCAAUAUUGGAAUGCAGUUUAAUGUUGAUUCUGGCUGACCAUGUCUAAGCUCUUUAACUCUCAGCUGCUCCUGCAAAGAUCUCCUCUGAAAGAGCAUAAAUUUCAGCCUCUUUGCUGUUUUCUCUGAACAUUUUGUGAAGGGCUUUUAUUAUGAGUCAAGCCUCAGAUAUUUUGUUAAAAUCAAAAAUUGAAAAAUGAAGAGCUAAGUCCUUGAUCGACCCAGGUUUUGAUACCCAUAAUAAUACCUUGUAGAAAUCUGAUAUAAAAGAAUAAAGUAAGGGACGUUUUCUUGUACAAUUCCUUUGCAUAGAUAUUGUUAUUAUUAAACAGUUCACUAUACUCAAGAAAUGCAAGCCAGAGAGCUACCUUUUGGCCGAUCUCACAUGCACAUCCCUUGUGCAUGUUUGUGCAACAUGCAGGCAAUCACACUUAUGCAAGCAAGAGUGCACAUGCAGACUCCACAUGUAAAAACAAACACAGACCAUCUUGAUUCUUUGGACACUGAUGCAGAUACUGAAUCAAGUGAAAGUCUGUUACAUCACAUUUUGUGUUUAAGUGAAUGUGUGGGUGUGUGAGUUUGUUUGUACAGAUGUGUGCAUACUGCUAGCUUUGACUUGCAUCAGUGAGAUUUUCAUACAAAGGCUGAAGCUGCAGCACAAAAUGGCCCAAAACUGUCAGCGACGCCUUGUUCAUACACUGAUUAAAUCAUUCAUGUUAAUGAUUCUUCUUCCUCGUGUGUUUGUUUUCCACUCUGUGCUUUUGUAAUGGCUCCAUGUUCCACGGACAGAACAGCCAACUACCCCUCAUUAUCCCACCAUCCGAAGAAAAUCCCUCAUUUCUCUGUUUUUGCUCACAUGUGCAGAUCGAUGUACUGCAGGCUAUUAAUAGCUCUGCUCUUGUAUUGGAUUUCCCUGGCAGGGAGCUAAAAAUAGAAGGAAGAGAGAGGAAUGUGGGGGCGAGAGGGACCCCAAAGGAAUAAGACAAAUACAGAAGGAUAAAGAAAGAGAGGGAGGAGGAUCUAUAAGGACUCUGCUGGAACUACUUGUUAUGCAGCUUUCAUUUAACCCAUUUCUUGCCUGCACAGUCUUGCUGUUGGUACAGCCCUGUUUGCAGGUUGUUUGUCAUCCUGUUCUCCGUACAUCCCAGUGAUUAUUCAUCCUGCUCCUCAGUCAUUGAUAAUUUUAGGAGCAAACAACAAAAUCCUUUAUGGCGUUAUUAUGAAAACCCAAGUCAAGAGCUCCACUCGUGGCUCAGUGCCCACUUAUCCCCUCCACACAUUUGUGCCCAGGGAGUUUUACUUCAGUUACGCCAUGAUGAGGCUCUUAAAGGGCGCCUCAGGCUGGAGUAGUAGAGGUUUUUUGUGUCCACUGGGACGUUUUUACGAGCUGUGUUAAGCAGCAGUUUGUGUUCAGCACUGAUUGAGCUGCUGCUGCUGCUACAAGAAUCUUCAUGGCCGACAGCUCCAUGUUGUACAUCUGAACAUCAGGGUCACUGAAAGUCAGGAGGAGUGGAGAACAGCUUUGUAUUAAACCCUCAAGAUGGAAAUAAAGGCCGAGAUUCAAACUGUUGCAAAUAAUUGGAAUUUUAGAUUUAUCUGUUCAAUUUAGGGUGCAAAAUGUGCUGAAUUCAGAAUCCAAGGAUAUUUGGCACAAAGCAGAGGAAAGCAGAACAGUUCAGGGGUCAGACCAAAACUCUUAAAUCAUCCGGCAAAAUAAUGUGAUGAAUGUUUGGCAAAGACGGCCUGUUCUCGAGUUCCCAAGAUUUAAAAUUGGAUGUUCAAUUCUAGGCCCAAAGUUAUCAGCAAAGUAAGUUACCAUGCUAUUAGAGUUUAAGUCAAGAAAGGUGGACACGACAAUGGAUGGUCAAAAGAAUAUGGUGUGCAGUUGUGAUUGUGAUGUUUGAGAUGAUAAUUUGACAGUAUUUGAAGAGUGUUUUUCUAGCUUUCUGAGCGAAAUUGCCUGUACAUGAUACAGACCGGCAACCAGUCCAGGGUGUACUUCGCCUCCUGAUUGGCUAUUGUUGUGGACACGGUCUUAAUCAAGCAGAACAAGGGAAGUCAAAUCCCAGAAAGUCUUGGGAAAUUGUCUUCAAAAUGCACCCAUCCAGCUUUAAUUGAGCAACUGAGCCAUGUAAUACACAUACAACAUAAUGGUUGUCUCUCGGUUUAAUUAACCAUUUAAACAAAGUCAAAACCCUUAUAGGUCAGCUGGGGCUCAGCAGUAGUGUUGGUCAUCUUCCAGUUGGAAAGUUUGGCUUUGCUUUAACCCCAAAUUACCACAACGAUGCAAAAAUUGGGUCAGCGGCAGUAACUUAGGAGGUAGAGCGGUCAUCCAUGAACUGAGAGGCUGGCAGGUUGAUUCCCCCUAUUCCUAGUCUGUUCGUUGUGUCCUUGGGCAAGACACUUAACCUACCUUGCUUCCAGUGUCUGGUGUAUGAUUCAAGCUAAACACUAUUUUGAAUGGUGGGAAUAAACUUAUUUUGCUGAUAUUCGUAGUCAAACACAACAUUUUCUUCAUAGAAUUUAUUCAGUUGGUUUUCUCUUGUAUUUCAGUGUUAUGUAUUCAGUUAGGGUUAGGGUUAGAAUUGGAUUUCCUUUGAGCUGAUAUGCACCUUCCCCUGAUCUGUCCCUUUUGUCUAAUUAUUGAUCUCCUCUGUCUUUUAAAAUAGACUUCUGCUCCUCUGAAUGGAUGUGAGUAUUGAUUUAGUGAUAUUUACAGAUGCGUUUUAGCGGAUUCUUUCCUUAAACUGUGCAGUAGAAAGCCAAGUAUUUGACACCAUCAGUGAGGUAUUUUACAGGUACUAUGUUGGAUUUGGAGCAGUCGUGAAACUCAGACUGCAGCAGAGUGUGAUGGCUGCAUCAGUAGUUAUUUUUUCCCCGAUCUGAGCAGCAGCAGCAGAAGGCAAUUUGACUCAGGACCAGUUGGUCUGACUCGGGAAUAACCAGUUAAAUAGGCCAAGUUCUCCCUCGUUAUUACUAUGUUUGUGAUUAUGAGUCAUACAUUACUGCAUAAUUUGCAGGAGGUUCCUGUUCCCUGAUUUAGUCUAGACCUCUGUUAUAUUCAUCACAGGUUUUAAGUCAUCAAGUUUUUAUUCAAAGGAAGUUAUACUGACAAAAAAAGAAAAAUGACAUCAGGGCAGAAGUACAAAAAGUCUUCUGACUGGCAACUAAACCUCUGGAAGCCCGUUUACACUUACACUAGCACCGUUGGAGAGUUGACUGACGGGAAACAAAUGACAAUGACAUUUCUUGGACUAUGCCCAUGUUUUAUAUCCUCUACAUUUUACACACUUUCCAACUGUUCAAAGGAACCUGCUAACAAGCCCAUAACUGUUCAAAAUUUUCUUUGUGAGAGAAAAAGAUGGGAAACAAUUCAAAACAACACCUGAUCCAUCUUUAAAAUAAAUCAUUUUCAACAUUUCAUAGUUCUUACAGUGUGGAAGUGACUAUUUGUAAAGUUUAUUUGUAAACUUUUUGUUAACCUCAUAUCCAAGUCCCUAAAAUGAGUAACUGAAGACUGAAACACUAAGAAUAAAACCAGUUUAAGAUGAUGGUGUAGCAGAGUAUCAUCAGCAUAAAAGUGAUCAGUGUUUUUGUAUUCUCUAAAGAAUCUCAUGAAAAUUAAAUAGGACCUAGACUAGAGCCAUGUGGUAUUCCACAGCAUCAAAAUGAUUGACCUUAGUAGAGACUUUUUAUGUCAGCUCAUGAAAGAGGAAAAGUUUCAACAAAGACACCAAAAAAUAAUAAAAACCAGCCCAAUAAAAUAAUCCUGCACCAUCUCACAUGUGCAGAUGCUCAGCUACCUGACCUUUAGCUCACACUAUUUUCAGCUGAUAAGAAGAUUUACCGAAGCAGAUCCUUCCUUCAUAACAGAGAAGGAUCAGAGCCCACCUGAUGCGGGGACGACCUACUUUGAGGCCAAACUUUUUUUUUUCUUUUCUAUUGUACCGUAUGUGAAAAUAUAGGCCAGUGACAGUAAAGUGUCAACAUGUAUGCAGGAUGGGAUUACCCCUGACUCUGUACCCUAUAGACACCACAUGGCACAUGUCAGCUCACAUCAGGCUACACUUGAAUGGAUGACGAUAUAUGAAUCAGAGGAUGCCAUGCAGCAUUACGGAGAUGAUACAGAUCUUUCUUCUAGGUUUUUGGCUGAGUGCAGGAGUACUUUGACCGCUUUCAUGAUGAUUUGGUCCAACAAGACAUGCUUAUCAGUGUAGUUGUGGUGCAAUUUAAAAGGACCAAAGUUAAUUUUUGUUUAUAGCUGUUUUAACCCUUUAGACUGAGAAUAGAGUCAGUUUGAGGCUCACAUUUCCUCCAUGUUCAAUGCUUUCUUGUAUGCAAGAGGUUUUUCCUGGUAUUCGCUCUUAAAGAGAGGGGUCAUUUUGUAUUUGGGUCUAUUUGAUUGCCAAUAUAUGUUCAGUGGAAAGUACCAUUUUUCUGUAAAGUGAGUCUUCCCCUCAUGAUUUAAGACAGCUGCCACUAUCUUUAACUUUUCUCUUAGCUUGACAUGCUACACUGUGCUGUUUCAAAGUCUGAAGUGAUGUUAUCGAGACGGAUAUAGACAGUAGACUGCUGUUUCAGUAGCACCAUGGCCCAAGAGAGAGGUCCCAUCUGUUUACACUAUAAUGAGGAGGUGUGAAAGUGAUAAUUAUUUUCUGUGUCCUACCAUUGCAGCUAAAACAGAGGAGGUCUGUCGGCACAUCAACCCUUUUGUUUCUACACAUCUUUGUUUAUCGUACUUUUAAACUCUUAAACUACAUCAUAUUUGUGGUGAUGAUGAGAAAUGAGUUAAAUAUUCUCACUGGCAUCUCAGCUUCUGGUGAAAAUGCUUGAGGCCUUAAAAUUACAACAAGGGUUGUCCUAAAAUGACUCCUGCCCUACACUCAGACCAAUAUGGUAAAUUGUAAGAUCUCAUACAGGAAAUAGUUUGAAUUUGUUAUAUCUUUAGACUCUGGAACUAAUUUUGUUCUUUCUUGGUUGAGAAAUGCAAAAAUUCAUGACAAGAUUGAUCCUAUUUCUUCUGUGGAGUGCCACAAGGCUCUGUUUUAGGUCUUGUUAACAUGCCAUCAAGUACAAGGGUUUUGUUUUAUGCCGAUGACUCUAUGCUAUAACUUUUUCCGAUACUGGAUGAUUCGUUUUGUUUAACAUCUUCUGUUGAUUAAAUUUUGACUUGAGCUUUUAAAGUUUUAAUUGCCCAACUUUGAUGACAAGCUCUUUCACACUAACCAUUUUCUAAAUAGAUAGAAAAGCAUAUAAUAGUAUUAUUUAACCCAGUAGGAUUAAAAAAAGUUUGUGAUUUGUGAUUCUAAAACAGCUGUUUGCAAAGAGGAAUAUGACCCGGUGUCAUUCACUUACUCUAAUUUUAUAAUAAAUCUGCAUUUUGGCUGAAAAUGUGUAAAAGAAGUCAUCGUGAUCGAGUCCUUCUGUUAGUCAUCAGUUUCAAAAAAGAAUGAUGACUUCCUGUUUUAUGCACGACUUUGUUAAAAUUGUAUUUAAAAUCAAUAAUUAAGUUGGUAUGACGUCGCUCCGGCGGGUUGCGAUUAAUAUUCUGUUCUAUAAUCAGUUUUAGCUCAGGAUGUUGCAACGACAAACAAACCGGCUAAUGUCUUUAUCUGGGUGCAAACAGCAGGUCUCUGUGUGUUUGUGAGUCUAUCUGUGUGUUUGUGAAGUUGGUGUUGGCAGGUGGGAUGAAUUCCCUUGUUACAAACACAUGUGCCCAUGCAAACACACACACACACACAAAAACAUAGAGUGAGUGAGUGAGUCACAGGCCAACACAACCUACUGUAUCAGUCUGUGGGUCGCCAGGGGCUGAUGGGGCCACUCAACCAUGAAAGAGGGUACGGAGGCAUAACAGACGAGCACACAAACACACACACACACACACACAAUAUCACAUGCAGGGGCACAGGGCGACACAUGCACACGGCUUUUUUUCCACAGAUAAAUAUGUGACAUCCUGUUUUAUCUCUGUCUGUGUGUGUAGUGCUGUCUUCUGGAGAUGCAUUUCUAUUUAACUUAUGUGCAGCUGCAAAUACGGUUCAGGGAAACACGAUGCAACACAUUUUUCUAACAUGAUCAGGAAAGUUUUUCAAUGCAAAAAUGUCAAUAUGGGGUUUAUCAGCAUGAAAUUGACAACUUAUUUAAUUUUCUUUUCCCCAGAGGAAGGCAUUGUCGACUCAUAUUCACGAAGACAUUAUUGGAUAUAGAAAAAAAGUCAGCAGUGCUUUGAGACUCGUAAUUAUUUUAAUAACAUUUUAACAAAACCCUACUCCUGUCUGAAAACACUUUAGUCGCCUUGAGCUGGAUACACACUACAAGAUGUUAGCACUGAUUUUCAGCCCAAUUAUCCCCUUCUACAGAAGUCAGAAAGGCAUGAUUAUACGAUGGUGUUAAGAUUAUCCUGCAAUGUGAGGUGUGUUAGGAGUAAUUUUUACUUCCCCUGAUUUUAGGGAAAGAGAAUCAGGGCCACCCUGGUUUGAAAUCUGAUCAGACAUAUUAAACAUGGUCAAUAUUUAGGAUUAGAGAUGCUGUUGUUUGGAGGAAUCUUGAGUAUGGCCAAGGACACACUCCUAAUACACCAUUUCUGGCAGACUAUGAGUCCCAAAACUGAAUAAAAACAGUCAAAAAAGUGUUAAAAGUAAAAACAUGCCGUUCAUUAGCUCCACUAAAGAGACACAAGCUUUUACUAUGUUUUUGAAUCUACAAUAAAUCCUGAAUUAUCAGUUUUAAAGGGAUAUUCCAGCAUCAAAUUGAUUUAGGGUCAAACACACCGCAAGAUCGAGUUAGACAACCCCGUCAAAGAUGAAUGUUGCAGACUACUUGCUUCUUUAGUUAUACCAAACAUCUUUUUCAGGUAAAUGAUAAAGUAAUGAUCAUAAAUGUUCUUCCUUGAGCUGUGUCACCCCGCUGUAGUCCGUAAUGGACUGGCCUGAGGUCUCGCUACAAACAAGCGGCUGCUGGAAGAGAUACGGUGAGUUGCGUCUAGUCUCUUUGCUUAAGAAAUUAGGCAAAGUUAAAAAGAUGCUUGGUGGCUAGUGCUGCUGCUGGGACCCUAUGUGUACUGUUGAUGAAGUUAGGUGCUGUGCUGAGCAUUAUUUGUGGCUAUAGAGUGGCGUUUUGGUUGAGCGUGUGGCUCUCUGUAUUGCUAUCUAUGGUUGUUACAAAAAUUGGUAUAACUAACGAAGCAAGUAGUCAGCAACAUUCAUCUUUGAGGGGGGUGUCUAAUUUGAUCUUACGGUGUGUUUGAUCCUGAAUUAAUUUUACGCUGGAAUAUCCCUUUUAAAAGUGUGUGACCAUCUUUUGGAGGGCUGCUAAAGCUAGCUAACUAGCAGCAAGUACUGCUUCUUCUUUUUAUUCUUCACUGACUUUUAAGCCUGGUGACACCUAAUGUGAAGGACCACGACUGCCUCAUACUAUGUAUACUUAGUACAUACUGCAUACCAUGGGGGUUUGGCUACAGCCCUAUCUCUUUUACAGACCAGAAUAAGCACAACAGGAUCAAAUGGGAGUACAAAUGUUGAAUGAAAAACAAAAUUUAGUGGAUUUAAACCCUUUUUGUAGUUUGUACUGAGCAGUUUUUCCAGCAGAAAGGAUCAUUUCCAAAACCCCUGAUAAGUUUUAGAUCCAUCAUUUGACUCCCAACUUGAGCUUAAUUCAUCACCAUCCUUCUCUCUCCCUCAUUUAUAAUGCAGACUUCAAUGCCUGCCCCCUCAUACUACAGAUUUGUGUUUGGGUGUUUGUCCAUUAAUGACUUACACGAUGCUAAUUGUUGCUGUGUGUUUGAAUCAGUCAUGCUGUCGACUCGUAUGAUGUGUCCUCAAUUCCAGCCAGCACGCUCUUGUGCCAUGCUGUCCGUGUGCGCGUGUCUUCUUCUCCCUCCAGCCCACAUCACUGUACCCCCUCCUCUUCCUCCUCUUCCUCCUCUCCUCCCCUCUCUCCCUCACUCACACACACACACCAGUCCCACCUCCCUUUGCCCAAACUACAGUGAAGCUCAUUCAACGGAUUCUCCGCAGUGCUGAAAGACCGGAGUGAAGUCAAGAAGGAGAAGGAGGAGGAUUGAGGGAGGAGGAAACACGAAGCACGAGAGAGUGUUCAGUGAGGGGAGACAGAGAAAGAGAGAAGGGGAAACUGCAAAAUUUGGUGCCCAGGUUUUGCCAGUGCGCACAGAUCUCUCGUCUGCUGCACGGUCCGAGCAGCUCUCCGCUCUGCAGGGUGAGUAAAGCUGCUCCUGCCUUCAUUUCAGCUGUGCCUCACCAAAAAAUCUUCAUCCUUACCUCACCUCACUCUGUCUUCCUCCCUCUAACAUCUGUUACAGCCGCUCGCUCCUCUGCUUUGGCUGCAUGCGCACGUCAAGUCUUAAGAGAUAUUACUCAUGCAUGUGUCCCUGCGUUUGGAGCGCGUUUAAUUUUAGCUUCCUCAAUGAAGAAGGAAGGGCAUGGGAGCUUCAAGUCUUAUUGCUCACCAGGUUCAGAGAGGAGAAGAGGUGUGUGCUGUUGUGCUGACAGCCGCUGAUGAGUGCGUGUCUGCCUGUUAGCGGAGGAAUGUGCCGUACGCUGAUGAGUGUGGCGCAUUUGGAAUAAGGCAGUCAAUAUAGAGUCUGGAGAGCAGCGCGAGGAAGCUGCUUCGCUCCCGGCGGCGCGUGGAGGAGAGAGGGGAUGGAGGGAAUGGGAGGGGGGGACAAAGUGUGUGUGUGGAUGCUGUGAUUGUGUCACCCUGGUACCUGUGAGUGUGUGUGUGCCAGGGAGAAAGAGAGAGAGAGGGGAGAGACCUGGAGAGAAGCAAACGUUUCUGAGGGUAGAACGGUGUGCAUAUUUGUGUGUUUGCAUGCUUGUGUGUGCGUGUGUAAGUGUAUGUGUGUGUGUGUGUCUUCGAAACUCUUGGCUCCUUCUUGGGGAACCCAUCCUGUGAUACUGUUCCAGCAGACUGCAGCACUUCUUCUGGGGUCCAUCUCCCUCUCCUUACAUACAUAUGCAUAAUGAGAGUGCUUGAGCGUGUGUGUGUGUCCGUGUGUGUGUGUCAUGGAGAAAAAAAGGAUGAAGAGCAGACAGUAGAGAGAGAGAGAGAGAGAGAGGGAAAGUCUUUGUAAUUCUCACUCUGUAUUGUGGUCAUUAAACCAGAGUAUGGAGUAUUACAGCUGGAAAAAAGGAGGAAACGGUGCUGCUCAAAAUGAAAGACAUGCUCAGUACAGUGUUGAAUUACAACUCACUGUUUUGAAUGCAAAAACAUAAUUCAUAAUGCAAUGGUGGUAAUGUGUGUCAAAAGCCAGGUCUGCGUCCAAGCUGAGUUGAAUUUGCAAAACAUCUCUGCAGGAAAGCGCCGGUUUUAUGUGCAGCCCCUGUCUGCUGAUGUUAUGUGAAUCUUCAAAGACGUCUGUGUAAGCAGUAGGUGGUAUUAAUGCUCCAGUCAGGUGCCAUCUUACCUGUGUAGAAGACAAGGGCGCACUAGCAUGACAUGCUCUGCAUUCCCGCUGACCUUUAACUGUACUGUCAUGAAAAUAAAUAAAUUAUUAAGUCACAGUGCAUGUUCGUUAAAUCUACAACCCCAUCUCCAGGAAAGGAAGUGCUGUUGAUGAAAACAGGGUUAGAGGGUUUACAAAUAGAAAGCCUUUUCUGAAAUGAAAAUAGUGUGACAAUUUAUAUUAAUGUUACUUGGAUUCAUUUUGGAAAUCAUGGACGCUACAUCCUCAACUCUAACUUUGCAUUCACACCAAGCACAAAUAAAAUCGUCUACUUGCCUAAUUCAUGCGUAUCUAGAUGCGUAAAUGAAUAGUAUUUACUUGCUUCAUCUACACGAACGACUCGGUCUAUUCAUAAGAAUAUUCAUUCAGUCCAUUUGGGCGAUUCGCGCAUCAACACAGUGCUUGAAAGCCAUGGAUAGCCGCUUAUGCUAAUUUCAACAGUGAUUCUUGCCAAUUCAACCAAGUGGUAGCCAACGGUUUUUCACAACUUAAUAAUCUGAAUUUCUGUACUUAUAAAAAUGCACGUUUUGUCAAAACACUCUGGGUACCUGCACACCGACACGAUAAGCUUGUUCUCCAUUCUCCACAUCAGUGAACAUCUUCCGGUCUGUUUUCAUGCGUCACCCAGAAAUCUUUGUGCUGUUUGGUUACCAGGACGCAUAUAUUUGCUCAAAUUGAGAUACUUUCAACUCUGAAUUCGCCUCAUUCGUGUGAGUGACUUGCUCAAUUCACACUAUUCGCGCCACCCAAUUCGUGUCAUUCACGCCACUAUAGUAGAAAGAGCGACUAAUCACAUCUUUGCAUUGACUUUACAUGUAAUCCAUUCGCACAAAUGAUUUAACUCGCGCUUGGUGUGAACGCAACUUAAGGAGCAUACAGUUCAACGGCCAGUGUUCAUGGUGAUAUAGGGGUGCAGAAGUACCUGCAACAUGGGUAGCUUACACAUCUAGAAAGGAACCAUUAAUGUUGAAAUAUACAAACAGAUUUUGGAGCAACAUAUUGCCGUCCAGAUAGCGACUUUUUCUCCUGGGAAGACUUUGCAUAAUACGGCGAGAAUAUGCCAAAUUACAUCUUGCACGUAGCAUGGCUCAGAAGUAGGAGAGUCUGCAAUAAAGGCAGGACACCACUGUGGUGUUAGUGCUGCACAAGAUCAUACUCAUCCAGAAAAGUAGAAAAGUGAAAAAACUAAAUUGUAUAAUAUAUUGAUAGUUGUUGCUGAAAAGUUAAAUGUAAUAUACUGAUCUCCAAAUCUAAGUUCAACCUGCAGAGUUUCUGUUUGCUGGCAUCACUUUUAAACUCUAGUCUGCAGUUUAUCUUAUAUAAUAAUGGACCUCAUAGUUAUUCAGAGCAAGUUCAAAUUUAUCUCUGAUAUAUGCAGAGAGAUUAUUAUGAACGCCGUAAUGACUUCAACCUUCUGAAUCUUGAACUUUGUCCAAAAAAGACAAAAAUCAAUCCGAGAGCAGAAAAAUGUAGGAUAUGUUUUUUAUAACAGAGUUUGAAUUGGACUAGAUAGAUUGGGAAAGAAUGAUUAAACCUUGCAGAAUCAAUUACUCUGACGAUAAAGAUGACCUUUAAACACUAUGCCAGUAUAUUAGAAAGAUGUGUAUUACAUUUUGAUAGAUUCACGGCAGCUCAAAUGCCCUGGACAAAAGCUUCAAAUGUCAGGAGGUCGGGUGUAAUGCACAAGCGAUCAUUCAGUUUACUACAAGCCGAAGCGGAGAUCUGACAGCUUGUGUAAGACGUGAAGGGUCUUCAUGGUCUGUUGUCCUGCAGCUUUCAGAGGUGAAAGGAAAUGAAUCACGCUCUAACUCCAGUUCUUUAAACGGCUGAUUGAUGGUGUGAGUCACUAACGUCGACAGGGUCAGAGCUUUGUUUCCCGUCAGGAUUACUACACCUACUGUAAAGUCCUUGGGUUACAUUAGUCCUGCAGAAAGACAAGGACAUAUCUCUGCUGUCAUCUCAUACCCCUGUGACUUCAAUUCUCAUGGUUAACAAUCACAUCAGGAACAUGAUGGUUUGGUUGUGACUUUGUGUGAGCUCUUUGGAAAAGUUGCAUCAGCUUUACAACAAGAACAGCUGCAUUAAGGGUCAUUGAGGACUAUACUGCACAUUUCAUCAUCAACCGAUCAAUCACAGACAAGACAUGAGUCGAGUUUUGGCUUCUAGGAGCCUGAGCAGAACGUGAGCAGGAUUAAAAACCCAACCUUUGCAAUAACCCUUCAUUGUUGAGUCCAUGCUUUUGCAUUUUUCUAAGAGCCGUCGAACCCCGAUAACAAGCAGCCAGCCUGCAGUUAGAGCAGUUUUAGUUGCCUAGAUCAAACCCAAAGUUUCUAUAUCGGUGAUGAUACAAAAAAGGGCUGUUUCGUGUAGCAGAAUCUAUCUUUCAUCAUCAAAGCGUUUGAUUUCCCAACUGACCACCGCCAAAGUCUGGAGAAAACACUCUGCUGUAGCCAUAGACUGUAUAUAGAAUGGAUGCCGUUUACUUUCUUGAUGGGUGGAGCCUCUCUGAGAACAGCACCCUCUGGUGACGGGCUGCAGUAUAGGUCAUAAAUCCCGCCUCCUCCAGCAAUCUCUAUGGAGCUGUGGACAAACUUUAGAAAUCAAUUACACAGAAUAUACAUUUUUCUCCCCCCCUCGUUGUGAUGUUGACAUGUAGUUACUGUCAGACUGGUUUGUGCUCAAGUCCUCUUUUUUCUUUACAGCUCCAUUUUUAAAAGUUAUUAGGAGGUUCAUGUUUUCUAUGAUUGACACCUGAUACAGCCUAUGGGCGUACAAAGAUUGCGUAGCUCACUCAGGGGAUACGCUGUUUGAGUCGGGCUUCAUCACAGCGACUCUCCCGCCGAAUAAGUACAACUCUACUGGGCAAAUGGUGGUUCCAGGAAUUGGAGAAAAUCCCGAAAAUACAGAGAGCAAUUCGGCUUCAAAUUCGUAUAAUGGCGCAAGGUAGAGCCAAGUUGUUCGUAGUAUAUACAGUCUAUGGCUCUAUGGCAGUCUAUCUGUAUGAUGAUUUCAGGCCCAACUUGCGAAUUCUGGUUGUUGGAAAGGCUCAGGAUUGGCUGUCGUUGACCCUCACUGAAUGUGACGGCAAAGUUCAAAUACUUAAAUCCAAAAGGCAACAGGACUCAGUCGAGGUUCCUGCAGACCUCUUCUUCUCAUCUUAAAGGGUUCUCGAGUGGUAAGAGUCAGAACAUCUUCAAAUUUCACCCUAUUUGGAAGAAGAGUGUCAUGUUUUCAAGAACUUCAAUCAAGUCCUGUCCUCUUUAGAUCAAGACUCUUGAAGGGAUCUUAAUGAGAUGCCAAAGGAAGAUCACUGCAGAGUUAGAUAUCUGAUGGGAGCCACUUCAGACCCUUUUUUUUGGAUUAGGGAUGCAAGGAUGUUUGUUAUUCUUCUGAAGGAUAUUAUUUAAACUGUGGGACACAUUUCGGUGUUUAAAAAGAAAAACCUUAACUGCGCAGUCAAAUAGAAAUCAAGGCUGUUUCGGAAAAGCCUGCAUUUUGAAGAGGCUUUUUCCCUGCACAGCUGCAGUGAUGUAUUUUCUCUGAAUUAUGCACAGUUAAGGUCGAUCCCCCCUCUGGCUGAAGCCAAAUUUGACCUCACAUUAUACAACAUUCAAGCAGAGUGAAGGUGGAUGAAAAUCUAUGAUUGGCUCAGUGGUGGAGGUUGUUUUUUUUUUUUUCUUUUCACACCGUUCUCCACACGCCUCACUUACUGCAUGUGUGUGACGUUCAGCAUAUGUGUGUACGGCACAAGGACUUUCCUCCAUUUCUGGGCCAAGGUCUUUCCCUUUAAGCUCCCUCUCCCUCUGUUUCUUCUGCGGUGUAUCUGCUCAUCUCUCCUUCUCUGUUUUAUCUACCUCUGCUCUGCACAUUAACACACAGUCUCCUGCAGGCCUACCUUCAUUUUCUCCACUGUGUGUGCAUGUGUGUGUUUUGAGUUUCACAUAAGCUAAUUAUCUUUAUCAGCCCAGCAGUCGUUGUGCAGACUUCAGGAUGAGGGUUUGUUUCCCAAAGCUUUCAUCGUCUUAAGUACCGCUUUGAGAAAUGAGAGUCUUCCCGAGGCUUCGAGAAGCACAAACGUGGUUCAGCAUUGUUCUUACAAAUAUCUUGUCUGGAGAAUUUUGAUGCAGUGUUUGAAGAUAACUUGUAGAGUGGAGUUUAUCUUUCUAAUGGGGCUUAAUGCCUACGUUUGCUCCUCUUUUUCUGCUUGUUUUUUUUUCUUCAAUAUUCCCUUUUUCUGUGGAUCCUUUCUUGUUUAGCCUCGCCAACACAAUGAGACAUAAAACUCGCCGUCCCAACAUUACCUUACAAAUCCUCCUGGAUUCCUUUCAUCACACAGUUGUGUCUAAACUUCCAACCAAUCCUUUUUGUUUUGUCUCUCCUUUUUUUCUUCUUUAUUUAUCCAUCCAUUCAUCAUCUCCUCCUGCCGUUUCAUCUCGUCCUCCACUCUUCUGAUCUUUAAAUAUCCACCUCCUUUCCUGCCAGUUGGCAUGAGCCUCUCUCUGCUGACAGAGGGACAUAUUGCCUCCUCAACAGAAAACAAACCCCGCUCCCCCCCCUUAUUCUAGCAAGCUAACCUGGGAACGCCAUCUGUGGAGCCCCGCCCGGCACCAUGGGACAUGUAGUUUCCUGGAGCUCAGCAGUUGCUUUGCUCUGCUCCGUAUUGACCGUUCCUCUCUGCAGAGCCUUUCAUCUCCGUCUCAUCUGGCUCCUUUUUUUUUUUCCUCUUUCGCCUUGAAAAAGGAAAAUGUGGGAGCCAAGAUUUCCAUUCUCACUGAGCUAGCCCAUUACUGCGAGAGCUGGUUGAAUAAAGAAGUCCACUCUUUCAAGGAAAUUUGGUCUCCAAGGUUUUCGGCUACUGCCAAGAAUUUCAAGACUUUAAAGAGACACCUGGGGGAUUUGUAAAAAGUUAACUGAAUUUAGAUGUCCUGAUCAUAUUAAAAGUUUUAUCUUCCCAAAGUUAUCUGCUUCUUGUAAAGAUGUCUACUUCUAAAACAAUACUGAACUGUCCCUUUAAGAGCCAAUAUAGGGACUAAUUAAAGGUGGGGUAGGCAGGAUCUGAGGAAGUGCCAGUUUUUGGGAGAAGUCUUGAAUGUAAACUCUACCCCUCCCAACCAGUUUUCCCCUCAGCUCCUCCUCCCCCCUCCCUCUUUGCUCCAGCAAGCCCCGCCCACAAACAGAUACUCCUGCUCGCUUUAAAUUAAAUUCAGAUAUAAUGCAGAUAAAUACAGAUAAUUACAAAUGGGGCCCAGUCAAUGUGAAAGUAAACAGCAUUGGUGCUACUGUAGAUGCCAACAGACUACCAGCAAACACAAUGUUGACCAGGUUUCUUAGCUCUUGUCUGGUCUACCUCCAUUUUAAGCGUCUGUCUCCGGUAUUUACUUCGUUUUCUUGCUUGUGUUUUCCGUACUUUCUGGUCGGUUUCUACUGUCCGAUAUAGCACACUAACUUUGUUUGGCCUCGUGCACGUUAUCGGAGGACGUGGAGCGUGCUUUACAACAUGAGGGAGCAGUGUCCUCCUCACAACCAAUCAGGUCGGGGAGGUGGAGAACGGCUUUGUUUACAGUCAGAAAGAGCGGGCCGCUCAAAAUUUUAAAAUGUUGACUACACAGACAUAACAAAACACAGCGAUAUCAUUAUAUUACCAAAUGUCAUCAAUAAUUAAUAGGUGUUGACUGAUUUUAAAAUCUUUUUUGUAUAUACGCCACAAAAAAGAUGUUUCUUUAAUGGAAUUCUGCCCACCCCACCUUUAAGUGAAGAGCAGAAAGAAAAGAGAUUUGUUGAGUCCUGUGUUUAUGUGCUUUUUUGGUGUGGCAUCAAUUAAAACUAACAGUGAAUCUGGUUCCAUUACCUUUAUAGUCAGGGGUGUUACUAAUUACACAGGAGAAUUUAGCCCAAAUUGACAUAUCUAACUUAUAUUCAAUCAUUGUGUCCCUGUAAACACAGAAAACACACAGGGAGGUCACUGUAAAGUUAAGAAGUAUAAACUAAAACAAUCCCAAACUUUGGCGCCAUGACUCACAGAAAAAGUUUUUUAGUCAUUAAAGUUUGUGAGUUAAAAUAAAAGUUUAACAAACCUUGGAUCAUUCACCAUUCAUUCAUUUAAUGUGUCUUAAUCCUUUUUAUCUUAUAUUAAUCCCCUAUUAUUGCUCCAUUUUUAUCUCAUUACCAUUUUGUUCCAGUUCUCCUUCUUGGAGCGCAUCAAACGAAAAUAUGUUUAUUCAUUAAGUGAGACGCUCACACAAACCCGACGAUAAUCACUGAUGAGAAGUCUUAUUGAUGGAAGAUAAAAAUAGUAUCAUUUCAUAAUAAGCUCUUUAUGAAGUGAACGGCCUAUAUCUGGAAAUUAAUUCAUAUGUACAAAGCUCUUGAUUAAAGAAUCUUAUUAUAACUCCUACACUGACAUUCAUGCUUAAAUGCUUUAAUUAGCGACGCACACUCAUUCAUUAAAUUGGACUUCAUUGAGGGUGCAAGUCUUGGAUAAAAUCAAACAGAAUAAUGAAUGUGAAUAAAAAUGGUAUAUGUUCUGAGGACUGUUUUAUCGAGAUCGUUCUUUGUAAUAAAAAGAAAAGCCGGUGGAUUAAAUUUAACCUUCAGCUUCUGUGUUUAUUUUUACCUUUGAAAACUUUAUACUGCAGGGACACAGCUGACUGUAGCAAUGCAGCACUUUAUAGACCGGUAACAGAGAAAACAAGCUAAUAGAACUGAUCUUCUAAACCUGUAUUGCUAUGGCUAAGCCUGACCUUUGACCUCCAACUAUUCCCUCAUUCCUGUGAAAAACUGAGCAUGAAGACAGGAAGUAGAGUGUAGGGCGGCACGAUUUUGGCCAAAAAUAAAUCCCAAUUAUUUCUCUAAAACUCUAUUUUAGAUUUCAAUUUUUUAUCCAGUGACAACUUCACCAAACUUCACUUUAAAAAUAAGUUUUUCAAAAUGAGACAACGGAAAACAAUGUAGUGCAUAUGCUAAGCUGGUGAGUGGUGCUGUAAAGCUCCUGAGGAAAUGCACAAAAGACAGACGAAGAGUACAGAGCAUGCGUAUAAAGGUUGUUUUGGCUGGACGCACACAGGCGCCAUAAAAGAGUUACGCUGUGUGAGACACGGAGAUGAAAUAGUAUUCGUUUACGGAUUUAUGCACUCUCUGACCCGUUUUCAAAAAGUACGCUUUACAGUCACCCGAAAUGCCGAUACGACAAAAAACUUUUGCAUUUACUCUUGAAUUUGUUUCCGUGUGGACGUGUUGAUACCGCCUUCAGACAGAGUUUGCAGUGGGGAGUGGUUUGCUCUUCAAAGCCGAACUAAUUUCACACGACUGACUUACUCUUACCCUAUUUAGCCAGGAAAUUAUCGCCUUAAUUUGCAAACACCAUGUUUGUUUACUCUGGUGUGUGUAAGAACUGGGGAGCGCUCACGCAAGCAAAUUUUUUUUGAAGGAUGGUAGGGGAAGAUCCCGCCCUCCUUCACCUCUGAUUGGCUAGAAGUGCUGGGCUCCGAUUGGUUAUUCCUAAUGGCUGUGAAACGUCAUCGUCUGUCGGGUUAGGGUUAGGAGAUUCAGAAGUGCAAUAUUGUUCUGUAAUGUUCUGUUCGAUGUACGGGGCCGACAGCCCGCGUUUGGCUUGAGCGUGUGAUGACAUUUCCAGCUUUUCUAGCCAAAAGCCAAAAAUAUCACCUCCCGCUGGUAGGAGGAGCCUAUGGUGGCCUGGAAGGCGUGAGACAUGAUAGAGAGGAAAACCAAUUUGACGAUUCUGGUUUUUUUGACAUCGUCAUAAUUAAUUUGAUUACAAUUUACAAUCAAUUAAUCGUGCAGCUCUAGUUGAGUGAAACAAAAUGUGUAAAAAUUUAUGAAUAACCACCAGAGCAUGAGUCUGAUUCAAAACGCAGAUACAAGCAGCAAUUAUCCAGAAUCCAGCGGCUACAGGGAUCCAGAGUAGAAAGAAAGACUCAACAAUGAAACACCAAGACGGCCUGAAAAAAACGUCAUCCCUGACUCGAGUGAAGACAGAGAGAAAAGAAAUGUGAGGGUUGUUGAGAAAGUGUAGAGCCGUGGUUGUUAGAUGUAGAGAGGAUUUCAGCACCACCGAGUUGGACAGCUCCCCAGCCUGCUGCUCACUGCUGGACUGACCUGGAAAUGUUUCUUCAUUCACAACUCUGCACUGACAACCAAAACAGUGUAUUUAAGAAACACAGCAGCCGGAUAUAAAUAACUGUACGACUUCCUGUCAAGGUUUUCUAAAUAAAUCUCUCAAGACUUUUGGACGCAACUGUAAUUUCCUUUGGCUCCACCAAAACUGACGCCAAACAUGUGGAGCUCAAGCUGCUGUAGACGUCAUAGAGUCUGCCUCCUUUAUGUGAACACAUGCGGGGUGGGUCAGACUAUAAAUCUAAAGUACACUGUGGAGAAAGUGAGAUAUAGGAGCUGUAAGCUGUUACAUUUGAUGCUGGAAAUAAAGGGUAGAAGAGCGAAUACGUCUUUUGAAUUGCUUCAUAUAAGAUUCUGGCGUCGCGUCUUCACUUCUGCACAAAAGAAGAAGAAUAAGACGACUUAUCUCACUCCUUCUCUAAAUCAUUUUGCUCUGCUUCUGUCCUUUUGACCUUUCCUACCCUGCUUCCUAACCCCAGCACACCGUCCUUUUCUGCAUUUUUAUGCACCUCUUCAUCCACCAGUACUUUUUUAUGUCUGAAUUAUUUCCUACAUUUUCCUGUUAUACCGUUAAGUUCACCUCCCGGUCUUCACACCUCCCUUCACCCCUUUUCUUUAUCUCAUUUAUCUUACCUCCAUUUUUCUUACCUCUCCUCUCACACCUCCAUUUCAUCUCUUUUACUCUGCUUCUACCCCUCACUGCUCUUUUCUCCUCUUCCCUACUAUCAUCUACCUCCUCCCCGCCUCCCCUCCUUCCCUCAUGCCAUUACCUCGGACUGUUUAUUCCAAAGCAGCUCCGCUCCAUUCAUCAGUAAUUCAUUACAUCUCCUCUGCUCCUGAAUUCUCCUGCACACAGCAUUAGUUAGCUGCUGGUGCGACCUGGGAAUUGUGGUUUUAUUCUCCAGGCUUCAGCUGCACAGAGAGCCUCAUCCCAGCCAAUUUGUUGUCAGCUAUCUCAGCAAACAUACGCCGCCUGCAGUUCUGUGUGUGUGUGUGUGUGUGUGUGUGUGUGUGUGCGUGUGUGUGUGUGUGUGUGUGUGUGUCUGAGCUCUCUUUUUAAUACUCGGUGCCAUAAACCAUUCAUUUAGCUCUUGUCAUCUUAACUAUAGACCGUAUAAACAUGGACUUGGAGCACAUUGGAGCAAAAAUACCAGGAACUUUUAGUUUCAGGUUUUUUACUUCGAGGUCCACAGUUUUGUAUGUUUCCACCGCAGCCAUAAAGUACCAUGAAGAUUAUACAAAGUAGGGCUGGGCGAUAUGGCCUCAAAUCAAUAUCACGGUAUAUUGAUCAGUUCACCUUGAUAACGAUAAAUGGACGAUAACUACUCCACAAGCUGCUCACCCCCUCCCACAUUAACUUCGUCUACUUCAGCUGCUACAACUUUUGAACCGUCCUCCAUCUCCUCACCUGUCUUUCCCUCUUUGUUACAGAUUGGAUGGGGUGGAGUCACGUCUCUGACGUAGGACAGCGUCUUAAAGGGACAUGAGACCAUAGUCUACCUACACACAUCCAAAACCAACUUUGAUUUAUUUUUUUGACCCCGAAUAUACUGACAUGGGCAAAAUGAUGUUGGUUAUUGUCAUAAAUUUCGGUAUUGGUAAAUUUUCGGUUAAUCACCCAGCCCUAAUACAUUCACAUAUGGAGAGCUAGUUCAGGUUAGUUAUUCAGUAAAUUGAGUUUUUGCUGAACUUUUUUCACUGAAAGUUUGUCAUGAAUAAUUAAACAACUUCAGGAUAACAUCCGUUUACAGGAACUAUUUGCUCUUAGUUCCUGGAUCCGAGAAAAAUCAUCGAAGUACAAAUACUGACUGAUCAAAUCACAUCUGAUAUAUGUGUUUUAAGUAGAGGUAUCCCGAUACAACUUUUUACUUCUGUUACGAUACCGAUAUUUUAGCCUUCAGUAUCGGCCAAUACCGAUAUUGACACAAACUUGUGCAUGACAAGUUUUUCACUCAGCUGCAACAUCUUUUUCAGACUUUAACAAAAAUACUGCCACAAGGGCGACAUCACUCCUACUCCUUGUUACUUUGUUAGUACCUUAGUUCACACUGUUGUUGUGAUCACAUGGGCUCUACAUGCUGGAUCAGGGCGCUGCUAGAUCGAGGUGCUGGAGUGGAGUCUGGAAUGGACUACUUGUAUCGGAGAUUUUAGAUGCGGGUUGAUAUAAUCCCAUAUUUGUUUUUUGGCUGAUAUCGGACCGAUAUCAGAUAUCAAUAUCGUAUCAGGACAGCCCUAAAAUUAAGAACCUGUUUUGUUAUUAAAUUAGAUCAUCCUCUUGGGCCAAAACCCAUCUUAUGUUGGUUCUUGAUCAUCAAACAAUGAGCGUGGUCUUGACCUGCUCUUGUUCCUUGAAAAGCGUCUUGAGAUGACGACUGUUGUGAAUUGGCGCUAUAUAAAUAAAAUUUGAUUGAUUGAUUGAUUGAUUGAUCUUGCCCUGGACUUCAAGUUCCUGGACAGGAAAAGCAGGAACUUUCUUAAGAGAAGAUCAACUACCCCUGAACUAACUGCAGGCCCUCUUGCUCAGUUCCAGGGUAUAGUUAAAUUCAGUUAAUUUCAAGGGUGGUUGUCACACUGGGACACAGACAGAGAAGUUGUCCCUCAAUAAUUUCUAAAUAUGUAAAUCACUGCAUGAACUCUUGGCUGCAACAUCUUUAAAAAGGAUAAAUUCUGAAGAGUAGUUAUGGAGCCAAGGCCACCAAGUUACACUAGAUUUAAAUAUAUCUAACUGAACCCGAAUCGUCCCUUUAACGUCUCAGCACAUGGUCUGCUCCAAUAAGAGAGCUUCAACAUAAGAGGCUUGUCCAACCUUGGCCACCCCUUUUGCCAAACCAGGAAGUGCCAUCCCUCCACAGCCAGGUAUAUCAAAGACUUGAGUGCAACAGUUUUUAGUCUGUUUUUUUUUUUUUUUUCACAUUUUUUUCUUCUUGUAUUCUCUGUUUUUAUUGACAGACAGUAGUACAUGUAUUUUUAGUCACUAGAGUAUGAAGGUUUAUUUUCAUUCGCAGAGAGAGUCUUGAAGUCACAACAAAAGAGCUGGAGGCCGAAAACUCUUGGCUUUGGUUUAGUUUCAGAGAAGUUCACUGCAUGAGUGAACGGCUGGAGACAAACAGUUGUAAGAGCGGGUCGACUUUCAUUCACUUUUAGUCGGUGUGUUUGUGUUUUUACUGAGGGGAAACAGUGUGAAUGAAGCCCUCUGAGAGCCCACAGGGUGAGGCAGUUAUCCGCGUCCCUCAGGUACUCAGUUCUGUCUCUUCUCCACAGAGCUGAGGAUGGAUUUUGUUUUGACUCAGCGGUUCUUAAACGUCACUCUGCCCUCUCAUGUUGAGCCUGACAUUUCCAGCAGUAAGACUGAUGCUUAGUUAGACGAGCCAAACACAAAUCACUUUUGUCUUAUUGAGUGGAUGUGACUUUAUAAAGAGCUGACGUCUCUGAAGUGUCGGCCGUCUCUCAGUCACGUCUUUCUUUAUGUUUGAUUUAGUCGACAGAGGACACUUUGACAGCAGGCCGGCUCAGAACUUCUUCAUGCUGCACUGUUGACAUGUUUGAGUCUUCUGACAAAAUAACGAAACAGCUGAUCGUUCUGGAUCUGAAGCACACACACACACACUCACUCACGCACACACUCUUCUCACAGCUGUUGGGAGGAAUAAUGUUUAGUGAGUGGAUCAUUACAGCAGAGAGAGUGAGUGAGCUCCACAUACAGAUAUCCAGAUGUCCAUUAUUGCACUUUUUGUGUAACUUGUGAGACUUUAAAGUUCACUCUCCUGCCUGAAUCACUCACCAGUUUGCUCGUCCUUGUGUGUUUACUCACACCCGGGUGUUUGUUUGCACACCCACACACACCUGAUGUGUCCGCUGUCGUCUCUGCAGGGGGGGAACCAGGAUUAAGUGGGUUCACUGGAGGCGAGAGGUGUUUCACCAUCUCAAAUAUUUGUAAGGUGUGACUCAUGUCUGAGUAAGCGAAUCCUCCGCAGCGGAGCGCGCUCUGCAGCGUUUCGGUGAGUGAUGAGGUCACUCCUCAUCCUCGCUCUGACACCCGCUCCUUCUCUCUCUCUCUCUCUCUCUCUCUCUUUCUCUUUUCUUAUCUCUUCACUUCUGAUGAUGUCGGCUGAGUUCAUUUUGUUCUCAGCUGUUGUCUUAUCAUCUCUUUCUCUCUCUCAGGCAGUGAACUUUACCUGACAUCCUACUUGAAUGUCAUUUUCUGCGAUAAAAUACAAACUUUUAAACAAGCAAACAUAAAAAUUAAAGUGUGAGCCAUCAUCCGCUCAUCCUUUGUUGUUUGAUUAUGAGAAUCUCAUCAUUUUAAAAUCCAGUUUGAAUAAAUUUGCCUUUAAAUAUUACAACCAAUAUCUCAUUUGCACCACCUGCACCAUCAGUUUCUCUUUGGUUUAACUGUGUUGAAAAUAAAUUUUUGGUUCGAUUAAAGCUCCCAUUUAUAAACUAAUCUUAAACUAAUGCUGCGUUCCAGUUGUACUCGGAAGUCGGGACAUCAGACUGUCCGAGGCGGAAGAAUUAUCUGGAACGCCCUCCUGUGUGAGCACAACAACACACGACAUUGUUUUCGACUUGUUUUGAGUCAUCAACUAGCGCAUCAAAUCCUGUCAGACCCUCUUCCAUUAAUGUGAAAGGUAACGUUCAAGCUUACACACUGUCUAUAUAGCGAGUAGCGUGGUUAACGUAAUGUAACAUGAACGUAGCAGACACAAUAGCGCUAGGGGAAACACUGACUUUUAAUGCCUGAAACCAACAUAAGCAGCUGAGAAAGUACCUUCCUUAUAAGAUAUUUGCAUGUUUCUCCACAGGGGGGCUCCAAAGUUAACACAGACUAAAAGUUCCUCACAGGAGCUUUAAUAUGUCAUGAAUUUUAAGUUUAAAUGGAGUGACCAUACAUCCUCUUCUACCUGGACAUGUCCUCUUUUGGGGGGCUGUCUGGCUUUGGGGAGUUUAUAAAAUCCCUCAGAUGUCCGGGGUUCUGUAUGAAAGUUCUGAGUUUGUGUCGCCUGGACUUACUGAGAUAAAAGUGCAUAAAAAACACCCGACCCAACCCAAAAACCUCUCAAAAUUUACCGUACCAUCCUCUUUUUGGUGAUUCAGAAUAUGGUUACCCUAGUUUAAACAUUUAACAUUUAGAAGAAGUUCGAGUUUAUCCAACUUCACUUGAUGUACAUUAACUUGAGCUCUGUUAAAAUUACCUCAGACCAAAGGGAGUUCAGUGACCAAGCUCUGCACCUCACUCACACUUUAACAAGUCAGCUCUUUAAAAGGCAUUUCCACUGUUCAUGACUAUAACUUCCAAAUCUACUGUGGGUCUGUUGACUUUGAGUUUCUUAAAGACUAUGCAGGUGCCUGUGUGACAUGAGGAGCUUAUUUUAACUCAAAUCUGCGAGAUAUUGUUGAGUUCUUAGAUUUUUCUGAUCAUGUUUAAGCUCCUAACAUCAACGCCUCAGUUACGACAAACUUGGUUGUGGACUCCCACUCCCCCACUUGUGUCCUAUUUAGUAACACAACAAAGUCAGUAUGUGGCACAGAAAACAAAGUGUCUCAAGGUGAACCGUGUCGAAGAAAAACCGAUUCGUUUCGGAGCCAUAAACACAAAUUACAAAGACCAGACCCGGAAAGCAAACACAUUAAGAGGUAGUUUGUUAAAAGUGUCACAUAAACUCACAUCAGUACACUUAUUUGUUGUGUAAUCACAGCUCGGCUCAGUCAUAGUAAAUGAUCCUGACAUCAUAUUGACAAACAGCCCAUCUGUUGUUGUUGCUGUCGUGUGUCGCUAAAGGCGGUUUCUGCGUUUACAUCUCAAACUGUAUAUGUGUCAGUGUUCCUGCAAAUCAUACUUACUCACAGCUCUGUCGACUGUUUGCUUUUAAUAAUGCACAUAAAGCCUGCAGCAUGUUUUAUUGACCUGUAUAUAUUAACAUGCAACUUCAGCUUUAAUUGAUAGUUUUCAUUAUGGCUGCAGAGGGACUGAGCAGCUCGGCUCCUGAGCGCGUGAAGUGCUUUACGCUCAUAUGGAAAUAAUUUUAUUGGACAUAACUGUCUGAGGAUAAAGCAGCAUAAAUAAGUUGUUCUGAUGGAGAGGGUUUGUGCCCGUUCACUGCAGCGUCUGUGUUUGCUCGCAGCAGAGCUCCGUUCUGGGUCGGUGUUUACAGUUUUUGGCCCGUGAUGUUUCACGCCUGCUUCACACCCCAGCGUGCUGAAUGUGACCUCCAUUUUGACUGGAUGGAUGGAGGCGCUGUGCGUGUUUGUGAGAGAGUAAAAAAGGAUGUUUUCCAGUGUGUGAUGCACAGACAGAGGCAGCGUUUCUGCCACCUAGUGAGUGUUAAACUGCACUGCACGAAGCCUGGAAACCUGACGAACUUCUCACCUGCUGGAUCCAGACCAGGUUUCACACUGACAUGGUCUCCAGAGAUCUUAACCACCGUCAUUGUUUACAAGGUUAAAGGUUCUCUGAAACAAAAGUCAUACUGAAGAUUUAAACAUUUUAAUCACAUCAGCAGACUUCAUUCAUCAUUUUAAAGGUUAUUCUCUUUGAAUGCUCGCCAGCAGCUCUUGUUUUUUGCUUUCUUGCCAAAUUAUUCUUUUCUGUCUCAAUUACGCAGCGACUAAACAAUGAACAAAGAGCUGUUGACAGCUUAAAAAAUCUCACUGUUCUUUAAAAGAAAGAAAGAAAGAAGUAGGCCGAUCAAUUAUUGAUGCCUCCAUCCUGACAUGAAUCUGCUCUGGGUGCGGUGAUGCAACCUGGGAAAGACUUCUUGGAUAAUCAUGCAGGAGACAAACCUCUCCGAGUCAUUUUAGAGCCAGAAAAACCAUUACAUCUGGAUUAUUUUGGACAGGUUUGCCCAUUUAUAGAGACAUUUAAGUCCUUUGUCUGUUUUUCUGUGCUGUCUCCUUGUUCUGAGACCUCUUUUACUGCUUGAAGAGAAUUUGUGAGUCCACCUUGAGCACUUGGGUCAAAGCUUUGAAAUUAAAGUGAAAGUACGAGGCAGAAUCAGUCCCUUCUGCAGCCAGCCUUGCACGCUGUUUCUCCUGACAGUUUCUCAUUAAAGAGGGAGAGUAUUUGAUUUGUAAAAGUCCUUGAAUGAAAAGCAAACAGGAAGCACGCAGAGUGAGUCAAAACAGAGUCAGCGCGGUCACGACUGAGGAGAGGAGAAGUGCUGUUAAGACCCUGAUGUUUCCAUGAUCUCCUUCUUUGUUCAAUCUAAAGUCUCCAUUUCUCAAAUCUUAAAAGGGACAUUCCGGCGUAAAAGUAAUUUAGGGUCAAACACACCGAAACACAGAGUUAAAGAGAUGAGUGUAGCUGACCGCUUGCUUCUUUAUUUAUACCAACUUUCGUAGCGAGUCACGGUAACGGUCUCAGGAGCCACUUGCUCAAUCAAAACGCCACUCUAUAGCCACAACUUUGCCUAAUUUCUUUAGCAAACAGACUCAACACAACUCACCCACUCUCCUCCAGCAGCCGCUUGUUUGUAGCGAAACCCCAGGCCAGUACAUUACGGACUGCAGCGGGGUGACGCAGCUCAAGGAAGAACAUUUAUGAUAAUUUCUUUUCAUUUCCUUGAAGUAAUAAUCAUCAUAUUAAUCAUUUUGAACUGUAGACACAGUAGUUCUUCUGCAUUAGCGUCUCGGUCUGAUUGCAUUUCCAUGAAGAAAUGAUCAUAAAUGUUCUUCCUUGAGCUGCGUCACCCCACUGUAGUUCGUAAUGGACUCGCCCAAGAUCUCCGUACAAACAUGCGGCUGCUGGAAGAGAGUAGGUAUGUUGUGUUUAGUCUCUUUGCUAAAGAAAUUAGUCAAAGUUAAAAAGAUGUUUGGUGUCUAGUACUAUGGCUGGGACCCUAUAUGUCCUGUUGAUGAAGUUAGGUGCUGUUCUGAGCAUUAUUUGUGGCGUUUUGGAUGAGGUUUGUUUAUGGCUCCUCAGACCGCUGUGUAUUUCUAUCCUGCGGUCGUUACUAAAGUUGGUAUAAGCAAGCAGUCGGCAACAUUCAUCUCUCGACGGGGUGUCUAACUCGGUGUUACGAUGUGUUUGACUCAUUAAUUUUACGCUGGAAUAUCCCUUUUAAUCGUUGGAUUUUACUGACUGUUUUUUCUUUCUUCUGAUGCUUUUAAUGAGCUGAAUCACUUUGUUGAUACUUGAGGGACUCUGAUGGACGUCAAACAUUCAGCUGGUUCAAGGUUGCUCCCUCUCAUGUCCUCUCCUCUUUCAUCUCCUCUCCUGGACGCUACAACGUGCGCAUUUAACAAAUGAAGUCGAUGAAAGUCGAGAACUAUUUCAAUCCUCUCUCCUCGCUCUGAAUUUGUCGUGUCUUGUAUUUCCUGUUUUAUUCAGAUGGGAAUGUUUUUUCUCUCCACAGAUGAGUUCCUUCAGCACGAGGGCUCUGACGCUGCUGUCCUCGGUGUUCGGGGCGUGCGGUUUGCUCUUGGUGGGCGUCGCCGUGUCGACCGAUUACUGGCUGCUGAUGGAGGAGGGGAUCGUCCUGCAGCAGAACCAGACCACCGAGGUCAAGAUGGCGCUGCACUCGGGCCUGUGGAGGGUCUGCUUCGUGGCAGGUCAGCAAUAAUUUCAGGUUGAAGGGACACAUUUAGAAGCAUGUAAAUCCAGAUCAGUAUGACAGGUCUCCUCUAACAACACUUACUCAGAAGAAGAAGAAGAAAGCUCAUGUAUCAUAUGAAGCCUUCCUCCUAAUGUGUGUCUGAGUCCCUCUUUGGUUGAUUCGAUCUAUAAUCAGCUUAUCGUUCCUUUGCCGUAGUGUGACUGUUUACCGCCCUCGCUGAGAGAUAAGGUUCAGACUUCUUUCGAAAAUUAUCCCUGGAUUUCCUUGCAGACGUAGAUUUUGCGCUGAGCCUAACAAGCCUUCAGACUCUCCCCAAAGCAAAGACUUGGAGGGAACAAAGAGGUUUAGAGAGUCCUGAAGGAAGGAGGCCAUAAUGUUAUCAGAGUCAAAAUGACCGCGGCGUCUCCGCCUUCCAGGAGAUAAACCGUCCCACCGAGAGAUGCAGGACCACGAGACGGCUCAAUCCUCAUUUGUAUUAUGAAAGGGUGAACAGAUGUCCUCUUUUACCAAGACAUGUCCUCUUAUUUGGGGGCUGUCCGGCCUCGUCUGGGGAAGUUUAUAAAAUCCUUCAAAUGUCUGGGGUUUUGUAUAGAAGUUUCGAGUUUGUGUCACGUGGACUUACUGAGUUUAAAGCGCGUAAAAGACACUCAAUCCGACCCGAAAAACUCAAAAUUAACUUUGUGAGACUAAGUGAGACUUUGUGAGACUCUGUGACUCAGUAGUUGUGUCCUCUUUUUGGGGAUUUAUAACUUGGCAGGGCUUGACACUCACGUUUUUCACCUUAGGAGCACAUGUCCCUCUAAGUUGAAAAAAGUAAGGCGCACAAAAAGAAAUUUAGGGGCACAAUGAAAAUUGAUCAAAUAAUUUUUGUCAUAUUGGUCAACAUAUGUACUACUAUUUGAAAUCAAUUUUAGGUCUUUUGGUCACAUGACAUGAAAGCUAUUAAAGAAAAUGUUCAAAAUUUGCCUUUAAAUUUGACGCAAAAAUUUUAUGAGUACAAACUAGGGAAAUAAAGAGGUGUGUCUUAUUGGUCGACAUAUUUACUAUUAUUUGAAAUCAAUUUCAGGUCUUUUGGUCGCACGACAUGGGAGUUAUUGAAGGAAAACAGCCUUUUCUGAGAACAUCAACUGGUAAUUUAUUGACGAUCCCUUAUUCAACACCUGACGUUGACAGCAAGGAUGCCGAGUAGAUUUAACCGCUGCUGUUGUCAUUCCUGGUUAUGGAGAGUGAGAAGACAGGAGUAGAUCCCAAUGAAUGUCCGUCAAAUAUCCAACCUAAAAUUAACGUCACUGCGGUAAAAAAUUAAAUAACAUUUGUCACCUCGGCUGAUUUCUUAUUCGCUCAUGUGCCCCUAAAUAAAUUUUACAAUUCGCACACAUCUAUUUUUAAAUGCGAGUGAAACAGUUGCACUGUCGAGCCCUGUAUGGUCAUCCUUUAUUAUGAUGAUAAUGAAAUUUACACCAAUUAAAACAGGUAAAAUACUACAGGAUCAGGUUAAAAAUCACUGAAUAUACCUUUAUUUCCAACCCAACCAAACAUCUGGUCCAUGUGUUCAUUUGUAACGAGUCUAAGAAGUCCUCUGAGGGUUCCCUGUGAGUUUUCUGAAGACAUGAACUAUUGAAGAUCAGACUCUUCAUUAAGUCACCUUCAGACGAGCUCUUUAGCCGUGUUUCCGGUCACCUCGGUUUGAGGUCGAGAGCCGAUGUUGAGCCUCCUGCUGAUUAUCUGUAUCAGCGUUUUAAUUUACUGAUCACUGAUAAAAUUAAUUAAAAAGCGCCUGACUUUGGCGGCGCUGUAGGUGUCUUUCAUGUAUUCAGGGACUUCUUUCCUUCUUACCAGAUCAGCCAGAAGUCGGUCAGGGUUCUCAUUUCCAAUAUGGCGAACGUUGGUGUUCUCACUCAGACCACAGAGACAGAAAUUAGUUUUUUUGUCCGACAAAGAAAGAAAAAACAGUUUUCCAUUGAUGCAUGCGGGGUGAGCGGCUCUGUUACAAAUCUCUCUUUAUCGCUGAGUCUGUCUCUGUGUGUCGGGUCACAAUGCCGUUGCUCUGGGGAGGCGGCCAUGUUUGUGUUCUCCUGUUUGUCUGACGCCUGGUACAAAAGGUCAGAGGAGGAGAACGCUGGUGGCAUUUGGAACGGCUGUGACUGUCUGUGUGUGAGAGUGUGUGUGGGUGAGACGGGUGAGAGUGAUCCGUUUUCAUCCCUCUGUGUGUGUGUGUGUGUGUGUGUGUGUGUGUGCAUUAUUAUGUUGACUUAUCGUUUUGUUUGUUUUAGGUACAUGUGUGUAUAUGUGAGUGUGUCCUCUCUCUCUCUCUCUCUCUCUCUCUCCCUCUCUCUCCCUCUGUGCCCACAGUUUGAGGUUAAUUAUGGUGUCUGCAGUCAGCUCCUCUCUCUCUCUCCCUCCUCCACUCAGACCAUGUUUCCUCCUGAGCCCUCUGACCUCCAUCUGUCUGCACCUCUAAUUCACUUUUUCGCCCACUUCCAUUUUCUCCCUCCAUGUUUUUGUCCGUUUCGUCCUCUUCCCUCUCUCUUUCUCUCUUAUUUUUGUUCUUAUCCACCAUACACCCCCCCACUCGUUUCUCUCUUUCUCUUCUUUCUCUUUUUAUUUCUCCUUCCUGAAUAUUUCCUCUUGUUUUCUCUCUCAGGACCAGAGAAGGGCAGAUGCGUGGCGUCCGAGUAUUUCACCGAGCCUGAGAUCGAGAUCACGACAGAAAACACGGCCAACAUACUCAGUAAGUUAGAAACUGUACAGAAUUUGAUAUUUCUCUGUUGUCUUCACAGUUUUAGUAAAACACUCUUCAGCAUUUAUCACACGACAGUAGAGAGGAAGGACUUCUUUGAACAGGCAGAAACCUCGAGCAGAACCAGAUUCAUGUUAGACAGUCAUCUGCUGAGACUAAGCUGGGAUUUCAAGGCCACCUGUAGUAGGGCCGGGCGAUAUGGCUUCAAAUCAAUAUCAUGAUAUAUUGAUCAGUUCACUUCGAUUAUGAUAAAAAGAUGAUAACUACUCCACAAGCUGCUCAGCCCCUCACACAUUAACUUAGCAUACUUUAGCCGCUGCUCCAGCCGCCAUGAAUUUCAGUAUCGGUAAAUUUUCCGUUUAUCGCCCAGCCCCAACUUCUUACCCUACCCCUCUGGACCAGCUCCUGCUAUUUGACGCAUGUCUUUCUCCACCCAGGUCUCUGCUCUAUCCUCUGUUCUACCUUUCAAAUGAGUCUUAAGAGCCCAAAACUGAACAGUUUAGAUGAACCUCUCAAAUCAUAACCUUUGUUGUUAGUUUCUGAGUCUUGCAGUCUGCCUGGACUCUUUGCUGUUUUCAGUGUACUGGGGGAUGACCAGUCGAAGAGCCUGAAAUUUCAUCAGGUAUAUAAACACCAGGGGCUCUAUUUAUCGCAGAGAACGCUGCAUCUAGUUUGCAGAGUUUCAUUUCUAUGCAGAUGAUACUGUUGUUUACUGCUCUGCUCCAAUGCGGUGUCAGAGAAGAUUUCUCAUUAAUCUUGGACUCUAAUCAAACUAAACCCAUGUUUGCAAACUCAGAACCUCUUAUUGAUUAUUGAUUUAAUGCCUUUUUAUGCUUUAUAUUGAGCAACUCUUAUGGAGUGUUGACACCAAGCACCAGUAAAAUCAUCGACUCGUGUGUCAACAGAGUGCUCAAAAGCACGUGCACGUCUUUGCAUUGACUUAAAAUGUUACUCACUCGCACUUAGCAAACAAACACCCAAUGUCAUUUAGACGUCUUUUUUUAGGCUAAAUCACCUCAGACCGUCAUGGCCGUAAUUUAGCCUACACAAAAGACGUUGAAAACUGGGCUUUACUCAGACGGACUGAAUCCAGACAGUGUUUGGUGAAGAUGUCUUUUCAACGUCUUUUCCACCACUUUUUGUUGGGUGGGUGGUGUGAACGCCCCACUAAAGUAACAAAGUUUCAGCUGAGCUCCUAUCCUGUGAAAAAACACUUGCUGCUGCUGUGUGCUGUUUUUAUUUACAUGAUUUUCCAAUACUUUCACCCUCUGGCAACUAUAAACCAGAGAGUUUUGAGGCUUAUGAUAACUUUGAAGGCCCUGAGUCUUUAUUUUCCUCAGUAUGCUCGAGCUGACUUGCCCGCUCAUAGACAAAAUCACCUAGAUGUCCUUGUCUACGAGGCAGUGCUAAAUUUGUUACAAUCCUCAGACUGUUUUUCGAUGUGUGUCCGAGUAUCUCAGGAUCUCUUCUCCAGUGGAAAUAAUAUAUGAUUCUGAUGUAAUCGUUGUAUUUGGAGGUCUGGUUUUGUUCUUGGAGCUCCCCGCCCGUCCACAUACCUCCGUGGGAUGCCAUUUUUAAAAGUGAUGCUCUUAGUAACUGCAUCAUUUUUUAAAGACCUCCAUGUAAACCGUACAGAUGUUUUAUUUUUCCGAACACUAGAUUAAUUUGGAGCGUCGGCUGAGGCUCCCCUCAGAUCAGUUUUUUGUCUCUGAGCUGUUUAAAAGAUUUAAGAUGUUGACUCUGUGAAGCGGCUUCAAAGCUCUCUCCCCGCUACAGUUUGUUCUGUCUCUUUGAACUGAAGCACCCUCUGCAGUCAGAGGCACCGCGGGGGAAGGCAUUUGGUCCGUUUAAUGCCAGAUAAAUGUCCUCAGGUACACACAUAAGUCACAACAGUGGAGUGGUGCUGUGGGAGAGGCGCCUGAAUAAAACAUGUUCGACCUGAGAGAGGAGCAGCAGGCCGCGGACCCGUGUGUCUCUGAACAUGUAGAAGAAGAACGACAGACUACUUCUGCUCUUUAUUUCAAACUUUUCCCUCUUUUCAGAAAUGGUCCGCACCGCCACUCCCUUCCCCAUGGUCUCCCUGCUCUUCGUCUUCACCGCCUUCAUCAUCAGCAACAUCGGACACAUCCGGCCGCAGCGGACCAUCCUGGCCUUCGUGUCUGGGAUUUUCUUCAUCCUGUCAGGUACCAACCGGGGGAGCUUUAAAGCAACAUGUGGCGUCUUUACUCAGGCCCUGUUGUUACAGAUUCCGUUUACAAACAAUCACAAACUCAGAACACAUUUUUAAGCCCUCAGACUCCGGGCUUUUCUUGUCACAGUGUGUCUCCAUGUUUACCGAUUACUCUGCUGUGUGUUAGUCACAGCUGAGCAGCCGGGGAGACAAACCUCAUUACACAACUAUGAGAUCUUUGGAUGUGAGGUCUGCUGAGUAAGACAACAUUUAUCUAGGAAUCCAAGGUAUUUAUCUGCAGAGUAUUUACGCCAAAAGUCACAGCAGGUAACGCUACACCAAUUACCCACCCAGAUUUAUCUCCUGCGAGGGGAACUUCUCCCUCAGCUGGUCUCAAAGGUUUACGAGGAGGUGAUUAAACUCGACCGUGAACUCUCUCUUGCCUGCUCUCAGGUCACUCUUUUCUCCCUCAUUUUAAAUUGCAAGCUUUACAGUUUGGCUCAGUGAUGCUCAGACUUAAGAAAAAAAAAAAGGUCCUAUUACCGCAGAUAAAAAGGCUUCAGACGCAGUUUUUAUGUCAGAGAUUUGAGAAGUUGAGGAGCUGAGGCGGCACUUUUCUCACUUUAGAUUUCCUCCUUUUUGCCUCAAACUGUUUACGGCCUUUCUGAAGAGUCAUGGUAAUUUUGACAAAGAAUCUGGAUCGUUUCAUCUUUGAGAGAGAGGUUGUAUUUUCAACGUUAAAAAAGAAAAGGUGAGGCUGAAUGCGUCCUCUUUCUUGUUUCAUUUUUACGAAUAAACCGAGGUUUCGUCUGAGCGAGUCUACUUCAGCCUCCAAACAAACGCUCAUUUUAGGAACGACAUCCCAGCCUGACUAUUUUUAGCUCUGGCUGCAGGCACGAGGAUUUUGGGUUAUUCGUCCCAUUUUUCCAAACGUGAUUUCUCAAAAACUCUUGGAGGACACGUCUACAAAUAUGGAACAACCGUCCGCUCAGACCGUGCGGUGAAUAGAUUUGAAUCUGAGGAUUAAACGUUGGUAUAACUUCCUUGUUUACUCCAUUGAGAAGAUGUUUUGGUAUGCUACACUGAGAGGAGAUUUUAUUACAUCUUGUUUAUAUCCGACAAGGAUCAGGGAUCUUUAUUAUCCUCAUGGGGGAGUUUGUUUUACUGCUUCCAGCAUCACUCAACCAUCGCUCAGACGGCAGACAAGAAUAACAAAACAGGAUAUUGAUUAAGAAGAGACUCAUAAUGUGAAGUAUCAUUAAUAAAUCUGAAGCUGUUUAUAAGGCAGAGGCCACAUAAACUCUCUUUAAACAGACGCUGGUUCUGACUUUAACCAGAGAGCACAUAAUGGCGCAUGAGAAUCGAUAAUUGGUUCAAACUUAGGGGUAAAAGUUCAUAAUCAAACUGUGAUGAGAUGAUUGAAUUCAAAAUAUACAGUUUAUUGACAGGCUGCAGAAGGUGCUCUCGUCGUGACCAUUGCAUAACACUCUAUACCUCAGUAAAUUUGUGCUGCAUUCAGGGCCGUAAUCAACCAAAGAAGUUCUCAGUCAACUAAAACCCUGAAAUUUUCAACCAAAAAUCGACGAAUCGGCUAAUUCCGACUCUUCUGCAGCAGGGGACAACACGGCUCGGCGAACCGCAGCUCGGCAGAGUGAAAAUAUACAGAUAUCAGAACAAGAAGGUAAUUAAACACAAAUAUUAUAUUCAGCAAACCACCAGAUGUUGACUAAUGCCGACGCUCUUUAAUCUUUCUGUCUCCAGCCGGUCUCCAGUGGGUUGGGCAAAUCCAAAAUGGUGAAAACAAGGGGGGUGUUCUGAGACAGGCUGUUACCUGUGAAAAGGGGAUGUUCUUAAAACAGCCCCAUUAGCACUUGGUACGUUCCUCCUUAUGAAAUUAACCAUAGACUGUAAAUUGACGCAGAAAAAAAGGAGACGACCAAUCAGAAUUCUGGUCAACUCAGCACGUAUCGACCAAUAAGACGACCAGUCGAUUAGGAGUUUACAGCCCUCGCUGCAAUCAAAGCCGCCUUUCUCAGACAGUCAUGACACCAACUUAUCUGAGACGCACCAUGAAGAAGUAGUUUGGAAGACAAAGACUACAAAUGCACGAGUUGAAGCAACAGAUGGUGGCGAUGGCGCUCAUCUUGAGUGCAGCCACAACGACUUCUGUCCAAAGAAGUCACCAAACAACACAAUGUGCAAACCUCUCACUGCCCCUUUAAUUACACACCUGUAACUUUAGUAGCUUGAGCAAAACAAUGUGCAAGACAGUCUCUGGUCUCUGCAAACAGGCAGAAAAUAUAUGUGCAUAUACUGAUGUUGUUGAUUGGCUGAAUCAAGAGAGAAAAUAAAAGCAAAUUAGCACCUAGAUUUUAUUUUUAUCUGCAUCUUUAUGCAACAAAAACUCUUUUUUUUUACUACACUUGUACAUCUGUCUUGAUGUUGACUGACAGCAGUUUUUCAUGCAAAAGAGACGAGAACUAUUGACUUGUAUCCUGAUAAGUACUCUCUCUGGCCUUAACUACUCUGAUAAAACCACCAGACUGCAGUUCAUGAGGCUUGUAGCAUCCAGUGAAAGGGCUGAGGUUUGAUUUAAGACCUGUGUGAAAAUGUCAGUCCCCUCCCUCACCUGUCGGCUUAAGGAAGACGUUAAAAAUCAGCAGAGCAGCAGAAGAGGAGGGAGCUUGUUAAAGUCAACAUUUUUCAAGGUUAAUGAUAAAGAGACAGCUCAGCGGUUGGAAGACUCUGCAGCUCUUCUCUCUCUUUCUGUCUCCCCAGCUGACAGCCUGUCAGACCUUACCUUGUUUCUGCUGCUGACUGAACAGUAGAGGGGAUUUAAAUCCAAAUAAUUGCUCCCUGCCGAGGAAGCUGCAGGACGGCAGUGAUUUCAUGUUCCGCUGUCGGCUUCUGAUAAAAAAAAAAAAGAAGAAGUUCAAACUGAAAACUUAAAUUGUGUUGAAAGUGACUUUGGUGUAAGUUGUCACAUCAGUCAGAAAGUCAGUAAUGAGGAGUUUGGUUUUCUUCAGGAUGGCAACUUUUUAACAUCAGGGCGAUAAGUGGACAUGACACCAACUCUAAGACAUCGCUCUCUCCCUCGGCCGUGCUGCUGGAGCCUGCAGAGCUGGGCCGAAACUCGCUUCGAGAAAUGUUUUAUCACCCGUCUUCUUUUUAUAGAUCCUGACCUGAAGCAUGAGCACAAGCAUAAGGGUGCAUGUUGUACAGCACAUCCCUGCCACUGAACAUCUGUGAUGAUUCAGAGCCAAAACCCACAGUAAUGGACAAGCAUAGCCCUUUACUGCCUUUUGUAUGAUAUUUGAUACAUACUUUAAUGAUACUUUUAUCAUAAUAUGAUCAACAAAUUACUAAAAAUACACCUUAAUACAGUCUGAUAAAUGAUAAAAAAAAAAAGUCCUCUUGUGGUUUAUCAGUUUCCAAAAACAUCUAAUGUGUCAAACAAGAUAAAUAAAUAUAUUUGUUAAAUUUUAAGGACAUUUUGACUUUUUUGGUUUUCAGUAUUAAGUGAAAUAAACAUUUCAGCUCCAAAAAAUUAGUUUUCUGGCCAUAACUCGUGGUUUCAGGCAUGAAAGGGUUAACACCGUGAAUAUUUUCUUCUUUCAUAACAGUGAAGACACCUCCAUUCGUCAGAGUUUAGGCCUCAAGAAUACAAAGGAAAAAAGACAAAACUGGACAAAAAUGUGCAGAAAAAUCUAUAAAAUGCAAUUCUUCUGAUGGCCACUAGGGGGCUGGUCCCGAAAAUGAGCCAAUCUCUAUAUAGGUCCAUUUUAAGACCCCCAAAAUUUACAACAAUAACCAUAAACAGUUCAUGUUUUUUUUUAUUUCCCUUUGGGGAUCAAUGAACUUCUACUUCUUCAUUUUUUAAAUGGCAGGUUAGGGCUGGCAGCUAAAUGCGAGGCGUAGCAUAAGCUAAUUUAGUCCCAGAUUGUCUCAUCUUCGCAGGGUUUCUUGCCGCAAGAGAAAUUUGUGGGGAAAAAGAUAUAUUGCUUACCACGUUUUAUUUCAUGUACAUCUAAGUAAAAUAAGUCUGAUUUAACAUAAAACAGAUUUUCUUGGAAUUGUCAAAAUUUAGGCCUCAAAAAUACAAAAAAAGACAGCUAAAACUGGACAAAAAUGUUCAGAAAUUUUUUGCAACUCACAAUGAAGUGCUUAAAAAUGCAGUUCCUCCGAUGGCCACUGGGGGGCCGGUCCCGAAAAUGAGCCAAUAUCUAUUUAGGUCCAUUUUAAUACCCCAAAAUUCACAGUUUCUCAGAUCCGGGGCAGCUUCUUCUCUUUCUUCUUCUUCUUCUCCUUCUUUUUCUUCUUCUUCUUCUUAUGACAGGUUCGGGCUGCCAGCUGUAUGCCAGGUGUAGCAUUAGCUAAUUUAGUCCCAGAUUGUCUCAUCUAUAUUGGGUUUCUUGCCACAAGAGAUAGUCUAAGUCUGACAUAAAUAAAACUGAUUUUCUUUCAUUUGUGAAGGGCAAUGUAAGAAGACCAGCGUACUCACAAGUAUCCACUCAAAUGUAGACCCUCUUGCUUUAAAAACGAGUGUUUUUUGAGGUUGAGGUGUAAUUUUCUGUGGUUUUGGAGUAUUUUUUGGGGGGGUAUUUUGAAGCUUUUGUUAUCGUGCAAAGUUUCUCUAAAACUCCUCUGGAAAAAAUCCAUUUUUCAAAUCAUAAGUUUUACUGCCUUGAGAUGGCGAGUGAGUGUUCGCAUUUAUCACUGUCAGAACCGGUCCACAGCAGUACUUCAUCAGUUCGAUAUUAGCUCAAAGACAUGCUUGGCUUAGAAGUCUAAAUGUAGUUUUUCAGUGAUGGAUCAAAAGUGUGUACCUGACAGUGAAAAGACGGCCUCUAAGAAGCUGGUUGACUUUGUUUACAUGCCUGAAGUCCUUUUUAAUUAAGUAACAAAGACCACUUCAGGAUCUAUACCUGUAAUCCAUCUUCCUGUGUCACUGAAGCCCAACGUUUAAUUACACAAAGUCCAGUCCGGUCCGCGCUGUGAGGUCUGUUCAGUUUGUGUGAUUGUCCUGAUGGGGAGGAGAGUCCUCGCUGCCAACAGGGUGACAUCACGUCCUCGUGUCGCUGCAGGACAGCAGGGUGACGUUCCCGCUCGCUUACCUCGAGGAGGGGUCGAGCGCUCAGCUGAUGAGGUGGAUGUCGUUUUUUUUUUUUUGGACAUCAUUAGCAUGUCUCUCUGAGCAGACAGGAUGACAUCACCUCUCUGUUUCAUCCUCUCCCUUUUUUCUGCUCCAGGGAGCUUCGGCUCACAGAUGCUGGCUUAGCAUGGUGGACUGCUGACUGGACAGACGUGACAACCGUGAUGUCAUGUCGGGUCUGAGAGCCAAGACCGAGAAAAACCACAUGGUGGUGUUUACAUAUGAGUCACACGGAUGAUCUUUGAGUUUUUUUAUUUACUCCAGAUCAGCCUGUGUGUGCAGAUUAGGAACUAAAACAACACAUAGAAAUAUAUACACUAGAGGCAAAAACCAAUGUGUACACUAUGAGAAAAAGACAAUAAUCCCUUGAAUUCAUUAUGAGAUAUGUGCAUGAAUCCAUGUAUCUGUUACCUAUUUAUCAAAACCUUUAACUUGAAUGAAGAUUGCCAUGAAGGAGAAAUAAUAUGUGAAAAAUUUCCUGUCACUACAGCUGUGUUUACACGCAACGCUUUCCUCAAUAUGGUUAAAAAUAAUUGUAUUAAGUGAAUCAGAUGUGACCUGUAUACAUGAACUUAGGGCUGGGCGAUAUGGCCUCAAAUCAACAUCAUGAUAUAUUGAUCAGUUCACCUCGAUAACGAUAAAUGGACGAUAACUACUCCACAAACUGCUCACCCCCUCCCACAUUAACUUUGUCUACUUCAGCUGCUACAACUUUUGAACCGUCCUCCAUCUCCUCACCUGUCUUUCCCUCUUUGUUUCAGACUGAAUGGGGUGGAGUCACGUCUCUGACGUAGGACAUGAGACCAUAGCCUACCUACCAUGAACUUAUAAUAUAGCAUUCCAGGUGUAGUCCAUGUUUUACAGCUGAAUUCGAUUGAUUAGCCCCUAUGACAUGCGCAAAAAGACUCUCAACCUUCAAAGGUGUGAGUGACAAAGAGGUGACUUUUAUUUGUUUACAUCUGGAAAAUGGAUCAUGUUUUAUUGUUCCUUAUCUUUUAUUUAUUUGUUUUAAUGUUUUUGUUGUGCUUUGGUCAUAACUUACAGGUUUCCUAUUUCCUUUUAGCGUCGUUACACGGGCCGUACGUACUUUGGCGCUUGCACAGAACGAAUAAUGCAGUCUAUCAACUAGGGCUGGGCGAUAAACCAAAAAUUUACAGAUACCGAAAUGUAUCACGAUAACUGACGUCUUUUCCCAUAUCGGUAUAUUCGGUGUCAAAAAAAUAAAGUUGGUUUUGGAUGUGUGUAGGUAGGCUAUGGUCUCAUGUCCCUUUAAGACGCUGUCCUACGUCAGAGACGUGACUCCACCCCAUCCAGUCUGUAACAAAGAGGGAAAGACAGGUGAGGAGAUGGAGGACGGUUAAAAAGUUGGAGAGGCUGAAGUAGACAAAGUUAAUGUGGGAGAGGGUGAGCAGCUUGUGGAGUAGUUAUCGUCCGUUUAUCAUUAUCGAGGUGAACUGAUCAAUAUAUGGUGAUAUUAAUUUGAGGCCAUAUCGCCCAGCCCUACUAUCAACAGAAUACAAUCCAGUCAGCCAUUUAUAUGUGGCAUCAAUCAUAUUGUCAAUUGGCGUAGACUACCUCCUAUAAUCAGAUCCGAAAUUUAAUCCGGUCACUAAGGUGUUUACAUGACACAUUUUUAAUCUGAUUGAGCGUUUAUAUGAUUGUACGUAGGGUUUUAUGAUCCAUGUCAACACAGUGGGCCGGGAAUUGGUGCAACAGUGAAGGUAUACCAGGUUUACCCACAGUCACAGAGGGACCCAAACUCUGCCGUUACUCGGUAUGAUGGAUCUCAGACAACUUGAGCAAGAGCAGACAGCCGAGACGAGUGAGGGGAAGUCAGAGUCAGACCGGCGCUGUACGCUCUACCUCCCUUCAUCGCGACCUCGUACGUUUUGGCAAAAGCUGGUAUUUGAUCGGGACUUUGACAAACCUGACUGUGUUCAUUAUAUACAAAUCCUCAUCACUGUUUCAUGAAGUGAGUCCCAUCACAACGCCACAGCUCAGAGUCCUUACAAGCACUCUUGGAUUUCUUCCAGGACAUUAAGGACUGCACGGCCCAAAAGGUUUUAAAACUGGAUGAGCUCAAAUCCGAGCUACUUCUGUUCGGAGCCAACACCACCUUGAUUUGCAACAAUGCUGGCUCGCUGUCAGCAUGUUUUGCACCUUGAGCCAAAAAACCUUGGGGUGAUUUUUGACUUGCACUGUGAGCCUCAGUCCAGAUGAAGCAUUUCUUACUCCUGGAGACACUAAAAAACUCUUUAUGCGCUGAUAUUUAUCGAAGAAGAGACAACAUCAAUCUGCAAGGACACUGAAGUAUUCUACUUAUAAUUAGAGAUGAUGAAGUAACCGAACAAGUCCAACAAAACAAUGAUUCUUCUCGUCUUUUGUCGCGUUUAAAAACUAAUUCAACACUCAGUAAUUGCUCGGCACCCUCUGAGAAGAAUAAAAACCUGUCCCCGUCAGACUCAGUCAGUUUUCUGUCUGAUUGCACAAAGAGCCCAAAAAUCGAUGAUUGCCAUUUUCACCUUGGAGACAACUAAAUGACAAUAACACAGAGCUGCUGCUGCUGCUGUUUUUUCUUCUCCUCCUUGUUUACCAUAAAAGAGCAUGUAUUUUCAGAGACAGCGGCACCGUGAUUAUUUCAGACACAGCAGGGAGAGGACACAGACAUCAGCGGCGUUUUGAGGCAAUUUAGGAACAAAAGCAGCUCUGUUUGUCUGCACUGUCUGCCAGUGUGUGUGUAUUUUUGUGAUAAAACCAGCCAUCAGUCGCCCCGAGGUUACAACAUGGAGGCUGCAUGUGGACCAGCUGUUUCACACCAGCUCUCCUCUCUCUCUCUCUCUCUCUCUCUCCUUUCUCUAAAUUCUUCCUCUUUUUCCUGCUGACUUCCUCCUCCAUCUGCGAAUGUGUGUGUCUGUGCGCACACGAGGAUACACAUGUGGGGCCCAGUGACACACAAGUUGCUCCCUGAGGCUGUAGUAGAGAUGAGCAUUCAGCCACAACACUGCCAUCUGAUGGCUGAUAUUAGACAUUACAGUUACAGUCCUCAGAUUGUUCUGUUUUUUUUACCUAAAGGUCUGAUAGAUUAAUUCUCCCAAAGAGCUGUGAUGGGAAAAAAAAAUAUUUUGUAUAAGGUGAAAGAGUUUAUUAUACGUUGGUCCAUCCUUUUUUCAACAUAUUAGUCUCUUCUGUCUUGUGAUCACCUGUCAUUAAAUCAGGAUUUGACAAUUAUCCUCUUUCAUCGUCUUUUAUAUGUAUAAGUUAAGUGAAAUGUGUCAUAAAAAUCCCUCCAAUAGAAAAGGAUUUCAUGGUAAAGUAGGGUGACCAUAUUCUGAAUCCCCAAACUACCGCGCUGGGUGGAGUCGCGGGCAAAAUUUUGAAGGUUUUUUGGGUCGGGUCGAAUGUUUUUUACGCGCUUCUAAUUCAGUUAGUCCACGCUACACAAACUCAAAACUUUCAUACAAAACCACAGACAUUUAAAGGAUUUUAUAAACUCCUUCAGACAGGCCGGACAGCCCCCCAAAAAGAGGACAUGUUCAGGUAAAAGAGGACGUAUGGUCACCCUACAUAAAGCAAAAGUGUUUAGCUUGCAGUUUUUUUUUCAACUUUUAUCAAAAACCAUGAAUCAAGUCAACAGCUGAUAUCCAGGUGCUUCUUCUUCUGCCUUCUGACCCCACUGAAACUACAUUGUACUGACGAGACCAGACCAUAGUACAAUAAAAAAGAUAUAUAUAACUAUAAUAAUUAAAAGGGUCAAGGAGUGAGUUGGGCUCGAGGUAGGGGAGAGUCAAGGUAGAAAGGGGUGAGUACAGGUGAGAAGAGUCUGGUUGUCGUCCGGAGAAGAAUAAGUUAGGGGGGAAUAGUUAAGAUGAGGUUUGGAGAGAUGGGUUGGAGUCGAGGUAGAGAGAGAGAGAAGUUGGAGUCACAAUAAGGUAGUGAGUGAGUUGGGGGUAGUGGUAGGAAAUGAUAAGCUUGGGUCAAGUAAGAGAAGGAUGAGUUGGGGUCAAGAGGGAUCAAUUGGGAGCAAGGUAAUAAGGAUGAGCAGGGGUUGAGGUAAGGAAGAAAAAGUUAGGGUCCAUGAAUGGAGGGAUGAGUACGAGUCCAGGUGAGGAGGUUAGGGUUAACUCCUGGUGGGAAUGAGUUGGGGUCAAGGUAGGAAAGAGUGAAUUCAGAAGAAUGUUGGGAGGGAGGAGUUUGGGUCAAGUAAGGAUUAGAUUAGAAGAUCUGGCAUCAGGGUUGGGAGGACUGAGUUAAGAUCGAGGUAAUAAUGGAGGACCUGAGACUGAGGUGAAGAAACAUUAGUCAGGGUCCACGUAUGAAGCGAUGAGUUUGGGUCGAGGUAAGGCGGUCAGGGGUCAGAGAUUGGAGCAAGAAAAGAAAAUCUGGAGUCAAGGUAGGGAAGCACGAGUUGGGAUCAAGGUUAAGGAGGUUGAGUUGGGUUUCGGGAUCAGGGACGGAGAGUUGGGGUCAAGAUAGAGAAGGUUAGUCAGGGUCUAGGUCGGGAGGAUAAGUUUGGGACCAAGUUGAAGGAUAAGUUGGGGUCAAGGUAAAGGUUAGGACGGGUUUAGGUUUGACGGGUGUGGAAAAGGUUGGGUGGGAAGAAAAGGGAUGAGACUCGGGGUGGAGGCAUGCCUCAGUAUCUUUUAUUUAAGCAUCUCCCUUUCCUCCUGAGUUUGGACAAAGAUGGUUCAUGUUCACAGGAACAGUUUGUGAGUUGAUGAACGGCAGGUUUUAGAGGUGAUGAUCUCCUCCUGAGUGUUGGUUGGACUGAACUUCAUUUAGCUCAGAGAAAUUUCCUUUUUUCUUACCACCUACAGUAAACAAAUGUCCUUCUUGUGCUGCUUUGAUUAUCCAGAUUAUACACAGCUGCUCCGCUGCUGAACAGGUACCUGUAAUCAGGGCCAGAUGGUGCUCAGACAAUCUGUUUUUACACAAAGUUUACUUAUCUCACAGUGUGAGGCGAGGAGGAGCCCUCUGAAGGACACUUUCACCAGCUGUUUCUGUGUGAAACCGACCGAAACUCACUUUAAAUUUAGAAAACUGUUAAACCAAACUACUCAAACGAAAUAAAAUCAAAGCAAAGUUUUUAAAGUUUUCAGGUUUCUGUCCUUAUUUUAGACUUACUUUAGUCUGGACUAAAUCAGCAGAUAUAAGAACUACUGCUUUGUCUGGGACGGACACAGAUUAAAAGAUUGUGUUUGUGCCGCUGUUAAGAUCUUGGACUUAUAGUUUUUGUCUUAUUCUCUGCAGCCAGCUAGUUUUAAGGCACCGGUGAAUCAGCGCUGGUUGUUGUCAGACAGCCAAUUCAAAUUAUUUGUGGUCUCAUUUAAUCUUUUAUUGCAGAAAGAGUCAAAGAUUAAAAACAUCUGCACCGGCUUCAGACAGUCUUAUCUCUCUCCUGACAGAACAGCGAUCGCAGCAAAGCGUAGAAAUAUCGCCGCUGUACGAGUUUUUGGAACCACAGCAGACAAUAAAGUGUGAGUAAUAAUGACACGGUGUACGAGAAGAGCCAGCAGCGUGUCUGUCUGAGUUUCAGGUUGACGGGACCCCGAUGACAACAUUUUAUUGAUCUUUUAUAGAGUCUGUGCUCACUGUUUCUUUUAUCCACCGCCGUCAGUCUCUGAAGGUCAGAGACAGAGAUGUACUCAAUAAGGCGGUUACCGUCUGCAGGAAAACGGCGGCUGCUGUUCGGUAAACUGCAGAAUCUUUAUUAAAACAGAGACAUAAGACUUUCUAUCCUUUCUCUAUCUGUACUCUCUGUUCCUGCCGUCUACUCUCCUCAGACUUCAGUUCGAUAAAACCACAAGGUCUCGACUUUUAUUUUCCUCUGUAAGUUAAGGGACAAUGUUUAUUUUUUUGGCUGAUUACCUCGCAUUUAUCUUAUAAAUCAUUUAAUGAACAACAACACCUGAAGCAGCCUUUUUUCGUUAGGUUACAUGUCGCUAAAUUCAAGUUUAAUGAAAAAGUUUAACAAGUUUAGUAAAAAAGUCAGUCAGACACAGGAGAUGUCAGAUACUGUCUCUUUAAGGCUUCCUCCAACAAAAUCUGCUGUCUUCUGAUUGGUUAGCUUAGUAGAACCCUACUAAGAAGGGAAUCUGUUGUCAUAGUAACAUAACUAUAGCUUAGUUAGUUAGUUAGUUAGUUAGUUUGUUAGUUUGUUAGUUUGUUUGUUUUUUCGGUCAGGUUGGUUGGUUGGUUGGUUGGUUAGUUUGUUGGUUAAUAGGUUAGUUCAUUCAUUAGCUAGUAAGUUAGUAAGUUAGUUGGUUAGUAAGUAGGUUUGUUGGUUAGCUAGUUGGUUAGUAGGUAAGUAAUUUUGUUUAUUCAUUAGCUAGUUAGUUAGUAGGUUAGCUAGUUAGUUUGUUUAUUUAUUAGCUAGUUAGUUAGUUGAUUAGUUAGUAGGUUAGUUCGUUCAUUCAUUAGCUAGUAAGUUAGCGGGUUAGUUAGUUAGUAGGUUAGUUGGUUAGCUAGUUAGUACAUUAGUUAGUUUGUUUAUUCAUUUGCUAGUUAGUUAGUAGGUUAGCGUAUUAGUUCAUUCAUUAACUAGUAAGUUAAUUGUUUAGUUAGUUUGUUAGUUUGUUCAUUCAUUAGCUAGUUAGUUAGCGAGUUAGUAAGUUAGUGAGUUAGUUAGUAGGUUAGAUAGUUCAUUCAUUUAUUAGCUAGUAAGUUAGUUGGUUGGUUAGUUAUUUAGUUAGUUCGUUUAUCCAUUAGCGAUUUAGUUAGUUAGUUGGUUAGUUAAAUACCUUACUGUCAGAAUCUUUAAAAAAAGUUAUCCCACCCCCCCACCCCCAACAUAGGUAGGGGUGACUUCUGAGUAUUUGUGCACAAGUACUUUAUACUUAAAACUCCUGUGGAUGAUUUUUGUCCACAAAUAAAUUAUAGGUAAAAGUGUUGGACAGUCUAAUUUAAGAAGAAAAUUCUCUUUUAUAACCAUCAUGGGGAAAAUUGCAUUGUCACAGCAGUAAUGGAAAAAAAAUGCAUGUUUUUUUAUUGUAUAGUUUUAUUAGAUUAUUCAAUGAAUCCCUAGAAUAAUCAAUAGAAUACUCUGCUGCUAAAAUACCUGGCUCUUCUGCUUAAAGUGAGCUACACAGACAGAUCAUUUUGUUUUGUUCAGGUCUAAAUUAGUUUGGCUUUUGUUUUAUUGCAUCUUUAGUUCAUGUAUCACAGCGCUAAUACGGGGUUAAAAUGAGAGGAGGAAUAAAGCAGCCUGACUUGACCUCUGCAACCCCUCGACACAGAGGAGUAAACCCAACUUCACUUCCUUAUAUUGUAAAUCUAUAGCAGCUGGAGUUUAUUCACUCUUUUUCAGUUAAAUAUACAGUUUUAUGUAAAUCUUUCAGGAUAUUCUAGGGAGGAGAGGAGCUGUGAGGUGAUUUUUUUAAUGAGAGGACGCUUCUGUGUCGGAGUUUCACUGCUGGAGGAUUUUGGAGGUCGGCUGAAUGUGGAGAGGAAACAAACCACAGAUGAUAUUCAGUGUGCGUAUGUGUGUGUGUUUUCAUUUCUGGGUAUGUGCUGUGCAUUAAUGUGUCGUUGACCAUGAGCACACAUACAUUCACCGUGCUUGUAAAUUACUUUGUGUGAGUGUGUGUGUAUGUGUGUGUGUAUGUGCACGCUGUGUUUCUUGUUUAUCUCUCGGCUGCAGCCCAGUCUGUUGUUGGGCUUUCGCUCCGUCUAUUAACAGUAACACAAGGACACAUUAUCAUUAGCUAUUCCAGCCACAGGGCACACACACACACACAUAUACGUAUACAUAUAAAUUUACACACAAACACACACAUAAAUAUGAAAUACAAAGAGACUAAAGCUCCAUUCAAAUGGGAUUGGUAUUACAGGGUAACAAGGCUAAUGCAGCAUUAGCUCUGCACCUCCCGUUUCUCCAGUUUUCUCCAGUUUACAGGGCGGUUAAACAUCGCUGAGAGAGAGGGAAGGAGAAAAAUAAACUCUGAGACUUCUCCUCCUGUUUUUAGAUUGUUUUAGGAGACCAGCUGUUGAUAAAACUACUUACUGACACACUUUUUACACAUGUUAUGGAAGUUCAUAUAGCAGAUCAAAUGAGAUGUGAAUGGAGGAAAAUUUCUCAUCACGGUGUAUUUAACCCUUUUUUUUAUUGGUAGUAAUAAUCAGAGACAUAACCAUGUUAAUAUAACCAAAUUUACAUUUUUGCAUCAAUAAUAAGUAAAUGUAGCUUUAGUUCAGAGUGCACAGUACAUCAGCUAAUCCUAAUGCCAGGAGAUCUCAGCUGACAGCUCAGCUGAUUGCCCUCUAUAGGCAUCGACUUGGCAAACGUCAAAACGGAUGUUUCAUUUAAUCUGCUUCAGCUGCAUUUUUUCCACUUUACAUCCCGCCUACACUCCAGCUCCUACUUUCUAAUGCUGUGGAUGAUAUUGUGGUGCCUGCUCUGCUGUGCACCAGGAGGGUCUUUGCUGCUGCUCUCCCCGUCACAGACUUUAACAUUCCUCAUAUGCAUGUAGAAGACAGGGAGUCGAACCGUCAAAUAUAAGUACUGCAGGCAAAUAAUUCAAAGUUACAAACCAAUCUAUGUAUCAUGAAUCUAUAGUAAAACUAUUGAUGUUCUUUAAUGGGUGUUUUUCUUUACCUGCAGGUCUCAGCCUGGUGGUGGGUCUGGUCUUGUAUAUCUCCAGUAUCAACGACGAGGUGAUGAAUCGACCCAGAGAGCCGGAGCAGUUCUUUCAUUAUCACUACGGCUGGUCCUUCGCCUUCGCUGCCUCCUCCUUCCUGCUGAAAGAGGUAACCCAGGAAAAACACACACACAGAGCAGGCGUGGAGAAAACUCUCACAGAAUACAUGCAUGUCAUAAAAUCUGAAUGUGCGUAUUUCUUGGAAACGCACAAACACACACUCGCAGCUGUGUUACGGUCAUGUGGACAAAACAACCCCACACGGACACACUGAGCGGCUCACAGCGACACUAACGUGCUCUGACACUUAACAUUUACUAACACCCUGUAACUGACGAAAGAGUCAAUGUGCAAAGACAAGCUCAGGCAUGUUUGCACCUUUUCACCUGUGAGGACCUUCAGGAUGAUAACAUAUCCCCCAGACCGGCACUAAAAAGAAUAAAACUCAGUUUUAAUUUCAUGGGUCUUAACUCAUUCAGUGCCAAUGACGGAUUUGGACGGAUUUUUCAGUUUUUUUUUUCUUUCCGCCAGAGGGCGCUCCUCCCCAACAUGCGACUAAGUUUGGGGUCAUUCUGAACGCAGAAUAGCCGACAAAUAGGUCAUAGCUAUGUUACAAUAACAAAAACAAGUACUCGCCAGUGAGAAGUGUGCCAGUUAGCUGAGUUGUGGAGUGUUUUUCUCUAUGAAGAGAGUAGGAAGAUGCCAAAGUCAUUAGCCAAGAACAAACGGUCUCAGUGCAUCGGCUCCCGUGGGCACGAUCUAUUGUCUCUGGAUCCAGUGGAGAUCCCCGUACCGGACCUUCACAUCGUCGGCCAACAACAAAGAAAUAAUUUUCCUGGUGAGGAGAACGCGAGCAGUCCGUGUGGUUUACGUCGCAGCGUCAGGGCCAUAGACUGUAUAUACUAUGGAUAAGUUUGUUCCGCCCUCUGCCAGCAUAUGGAUUUGAAGCCAAAAAGCUCUCAGUAUUUCCACGAUUUUUCUUCAUUUCCUGAAACCAGCACUGCGCAGUAGAGUUGUACGCAUUCAGCGGGAGAGUCGCCGAGAGUUGCUGUGAUGACGCUCGGCUCAAACAGCGUAUCCCCCGGGUGAGAUACGCAAUCCCUGAACACCAAUAGGCCAUUAUCAGGUGUCAAUCAUAAAAACAUGAACCCCCUAACAACUUUUAAAAACGGAGCUGCACAGAAACAGAGGGCACUGUUCUCAGAGUGGCUUCACCCAACGAGGAGGCAGACGCUGUCCAUUCUGUAUACAGUCUAUGGUCAGGGCCAAUACGACUCCCCACCGUCACAAAGUCACCUGACACAGUCGGAUCUAGAGAGUGAUGAGGAGUGCUGUUUGAGAAGUGAGAACCUUGAUGCCACUGAUAAAAUAGUUUGAAGUGAAAUGAAAUCGACGAUCAGAGUUCUGCUUGAAAGUUUCUCCUUCGUAAAAAUCGUGUUUUUUCCAGGUUUCUUUUUCCAGAUCAGCAAAGAUGAUAUGACCACGCUGCAUUGAGCGGACAAUAACUAAACACAGGAGUGGGUUAGAGACAAACUUUUCACCCCUUUCUUUUGAGAUAUUGCACUUAAUUCUCGUCCAAGCACAGGAUAUUCUGUGGGUCCUGAAAGAUACAGAAAUUUCUAUUGUGGUCAAUGGUGGCACUGGGUGAAAAUUACAACCUAAAGUCAUCUAGAAUUUUCUCUAACUAAUUGCGCCACCUAUCGGGUCUGUUCAUCGCCAUUUGCAGCUUUAAUUGAUCAAUUUUGUCUUUUUUGGCCUCAGUGCGUGCCAAUCAUAGCGGAGAUGAAAAUGUCGAUUUAAGAGCAGCCAGAAAGGCCAAAAAAUACCACAUAUUUGGAAAAAAACUCUCCUCCUUUGAAAGGUAUUUGUGCGCACACACACACACACACACACGCACAUGCACACUCACAAGCACACAGAUUGUUUGGUAUCUGACUUGGACGUUGACCAACCUCCGCUUAGCUGAACACACUCGAGCAUGUGUACAAACAGACACACAAACUGCUCGCUGCUCACAUGAAGACUUACUUAGCUAAACACACACUCUCUCACACACACUCUCUCACACUCACACACACACACACAGAGGAAAGAAGUGCCUGCGUAGGAGCCUGUCAUCCUGCCUGCAUCAAUAUUCAUAAAUGUUAAUAGCCUGAAUACUUGAGGGCAGCAGCAGCAGCAGCAGCAGCAGCUCUGUCGCAGCACAGCUUCAUCAGAAUAUUCCUCGCGGGGGGCCGGGGGGGUCUGCUGCUCCUUUUCUAUCUGUCAUCCCUCUCUUUUCAUCUCUUUACGAGCUCCUCUCUUUUUUUUAUCCGCCUGCUGUUUUCCUUUUCUUCAUAUGUCCUCCACUCUUAUCUUGUCUCUCCUUUUUUUUCUUUUAUAAUCAUUUUUGUCGCCCCCUCCCCUCUCUUUUCUUCCCUCCUUAUCUCCUUUGCUCCUCUGUCAUUCCCUCUCCUCCUGUUAUGUGUCCUUUCAUCCUACUUUUUUCCCAUUUCUUUUUAUCCAUCCUUUCAUGACUUCAGGUGUUGCCUUCACUGGGUUUUCUUUCUUCUGUCAGGGCUGCCCUCUACUUUCUAAUCUUUAAUUCCUCCUCACUUCCUCUCCUUUUCCUUGUUUCUUCUCAGUCCUCCUUUCCUUUCCUUUUUUUCGUUUAUUUUCUAAUCUUCUCAUCUUCUGUAAAACUUCGUCUUUUUCCUCGCUAACACAUUCAUCGGCGCGCUCUGGUUAAACGGGCUCGUGGCGAUGAUGUUGUGAAUGAAUAGUGAAUGAGCUGUGAACGCUGCGAGAGCGGAUGCCCGAGUGAAAACAUGAAUACAUUUUUGAUAAUGGCUCGUUCCUGCAGGGAGCGCCAAGUCUUUUUGUUAACUCUCUGCAAAAUGACUUUGGAUUCAUUAAUUUUUUUGUCUCUCCUGAUGGAGCCGCGCCGCCGUCUAGGGAGGAUGAUGUUGCUGAUGCCGGUGUUUUAUAAAAGCUUUUGACAUCAGGGAAUGUGCUGAUAAGUCUCACUUUAAUUCCUCAGGGUUAUGCAGAUGUUCAGCUCUUAAUGGUGGAAAUAGAUUAUUUCUGUUUCCCUGCAGACAUUCAGCACUGAUUGAAAGACACUGGUCCACCAUAUCUGCUUGAUUUGGAUAAACAGGGCUGUCUAUGAAAGUCCUGAUUACUUAAAGCAGUGGAGGCGGCUGAUUAGACAUUUAAGAUCUGAUUAAAUUUGGGAAAAUGAACGAUUUUCACAAAUAUUCAGGUGAAAUAUCAUUCAUAUCCUCUAGAAUUUAUACAAACUCUUCAUUUAAACAUGCUUUUAUUAGUGUUAAUACAUGAUUUAUAAGUAUUAUACGGUAUAUGUAAAAGUAGACCAGAUACAUUAAAGGGAUAUUCCGGUGUAAAUUUCAAUUUAGGGUCAAACACACCGUUAGAGGGGGAGUUAGACACCCCCUCGAGAGAUGAAUGUUGCCGACCGCUUGUUUCUCUAGUUAUACCAACUUUAGUAAUGACCCCACAAUAGCAAUACACAGCAAUACACCCACUCUCUUCCAGCAGCUGCUUGUUUGUGGGGGAGCCCUGAUGAGUCGAUCAGCGAAUGCAGCGGGGUGACGCAGCUCAAGGAAGAACAUUUAUGAUCAUUUCUUCAUCAUUUCCUUGAAGUAAUAAUCAUCAUAUUAAUCAUUUUGCACUGCAGACGCGGUAGUGCUUGUGCCGAAGCGCCUCGGACUGAUUGAAUUUCCAUGAAGAAAUGAUCAUAAAUGUUCUUCCUUGAGCUGCGAAACUCCACUGCAACCAGUGACCAACUUGUCUGGACUCCCCCACAAACAAGCGGCUGCUGGGAGAGAGAAGGUGAGUUGUGUUUAGUCUCUUUGCAAAAGAAAUUAGACAAAGUUAAAAAGAUGUUUGGUGGUUAGUACUAUGGCUGUGACCCUAUAUGUCCUGUUGAUGAAGUUAGGUGCUGUUCUGAGCAUUAUUUGUGGCUAUAGAGUGGUGUUUUGGUUGAGAUUUGCAGGUGAAGACGUAAACCGCUCUGUAUUGCUAUUGUGGGGUCGUUACUAAAGUUGGUAUAACUAGAGAAGCAAGCGGUCGGCAACAUUCAUCUCUCCAGGGGGUGUCUAACUCGGUGUUACAGUGUCUUUGACCCAAACUUACUUUUACGCUGGAAUGUCCCUUUAAUGCAGUAAUAUUUGCCCUAAUGUAAACUCAAAGUAUUAAAAACCCUGUUUCCAUAAGAGUUUUGAUGCUGUGUUUAAAGUUAACGAAAACAAAUGUCAAUAGUUUAAAGCCAAUAUUUCAUUAAAAAGUCUUUAAAUUUGACAAAUUAAUCACUGAAAUUGAAAAAUUUAAUUGUUUUUUGACAUUUAAUGCAAAGAUUUGUGAUCGAGACCUUUUUUUUUCCCAAUUUAAAGAGGAGAAAAUCUUGUCCAAUCUAAUUUUGAUUUGCAACAAGGUUAGUACAACUUGACAAAGAGCGCUCCAGAAAGCUGAGUCUUUCAGAGAUGAAGAUGGGAGCAGGUUCACCUCUCUGUGAGAGACCAAGUGAGCGAAUAGUUGUCAGGGUUGUAAAGAACUUGAGGACUUCCUUAUCUGCAAUAAGUAUCAUUAAAGGUUGCGUUUGAGUUACCUCGGAGGUCAAACAAGAAAGCUACAUCUACGAAAGUUAUUUUAGCGCUUGUCUUGUCCUUGCUUAUAUUCGGACAAGGCAAACACUAAAGUAAUCUUGUUUCUGCCUCCAAUUUCGCUUUUUUCCAACUCGGUAACUGAAAAGCUGGUAACUCAGGUGUGGCGUCAUUCCCAGCUUCGACCUCUGACUUCCGAGGUAACUGGAACGCAGCAUAAGGCAGAAAUCGUAGUUUGACACUCUUUUUGGAAAUCAUGGAUGCUGUCCUCCGCUCCAAAGAGGAGAGGGACCGUCUGCUUGUUAUUAGUCUACAGUUCCAAAACCAGCAUCCCUGGUUUGAUGAAACAAGGAUGCAUAAGUGCCAAUAUCAUAGGCUAGUUCUCUUUUCUAUGGCAGUACCAUCGAUGCUUAAUGAUAUUGGCGGGAUUUGAAGAAGCACAUUACUUCUUUGAAAUCUCCCGAGGGUUCAGAUUAAACCUGAUGAGGCCCCUCACUCAGUGCAUUCACAGUUCUGUGUGUGUGUUUGUGUCUCAGGGUGCAGGAGUGAUGUCUGUCUACCUCUUCAUGAAGCGCUACGCCGAGGAGGAACUCUACAGGCCCCACCCCGCCCUCUACCGCCCCCGCAUGUCCGACUGCAGCGACUACAGCGGCCAGUUCCUCCACCCGGACUCCUGGCCUCCUCCGCAGCGAGGCCGCAGCGCCUCCGAAGUCUCCUCCGACAUCUCCAUCCAGCUCAACCAGACCCCGCCUCCUCAGGCCCCGCCCAAAGGAGGCAGCAGCUCCCAGCAGACGCCCUCUUCCUCCGGGCCUUCAUCAGCAGCCAGCUACCAGCUCCAGCCGGCCUCCUCCUCCUCCACCUCCUCUUCUUACCCACACCCCCUCCACAUGGCUGCCACCUCCACCCUGCCCAGAUCAUCCCACGCCCACGCUCAGCCCCAUCCCCACCCGAGCGGGCCUCCACCACAGUCUAUGCCCAUGGCGGCGCCUCCCUCAGCCGUGCCUCCCCCUCGCUAUCACGCACACAUGCGUAUGAGCGCCUCGCCAUGCUAG